UUUAAAAUUGUUUUUUAUUUAAAGAUUUUUUUCAUAGGUAACAAAAGUACAUUCAGCAUCUGUGUUCAAGUCAUAGGGUCCUUCAUAUUGGUCAGUUACAGUGAUUUUGAGACAUUCUUGUCAUAGGCAAUGUGGGGUUGAGGGGGGAGAGAAGUUUUUGCUGCAAUUGAGAAACAAGGUUACCCCUCCAGACUUUAACUGAUGCAACUUUCAAGUGCUGAAUGGCAUUAGUUGAUUGCAUCACUUCACACCACAAGCACAGCAACAAGCAAAGCUGUGAUAAAAUCUCCCAAAGCUUGCAACAUUUCAUAAUUACUGUCCUUAUUCAAAAAAGUGAGCAGAGGAGGCUGAGAGGCUUUUCACAACAAGUGAUGCUACAAAGCUUUUUUGAUUCACAAGCACCUAUUAAUCUGGGAUGUGCCACUUUGCUAUCAUUAAUGCAAGAGAGAUAAACUGACUAAAUGACUUGCCAAACAUAAUUUCACACAUUUCAGAAUGUAGAUGAUCGUGGGGGGCGGGGUGUGUGUGGCAAAUUUCCAGUGACAUAGCAGCUUCAAAGCAGCCCUUAAGACUCAAGGAUUUCAGCUAGCUCUAAAUGCACCUGUGCACAAUUUAUUUUGUUUUCAAUCAGUGCUUUAUUUUCUAUAUAUAUUUUAAAUAUUUGAUGGGGUAUUAAGCAAAGGAAAUGUUUUAUACAUUAAAUAUAUAUAUAUAAAGGCUGCUGUAAAAGAUGUAGUCACAAAAUAUAGUUUAUUUACAACAACAAUUUCCAGAAACUGAAUUUUGUGAGCUGUCCUGACAUCUUGUGGAUAUAGUAGACACAGCAACAGGGUGGAUGACAACCAAAGUAUUCAAAGCAGAACAAAUAUUUCUAGAGUUUUCAGCUGCAGAAUAAGCUGCCUGAAAUAAGUCCCUUCCAACAUAUAAAUGGAGAAAACAAGACAAAUUCCCCAGGCAGAAAUAAUGUCCAGGUAGGAAAUACUAUAACUGAGUCUAUGUGAUGAAUAUUUCUAUGUUGUUCUGGACUAGCUCAAUACAUUUUAGUGCUAGUAAAUUAAAAUAUAUUUCCCUAGGAUUGCCAACUUUUUAAUUGGCUCUUGCUCCUUUAACAGCAAUCUGAUCAGCACACAUUAGCUAGUGAUUACCUUUCUCUCCAUGUUGUGACAAAACUACUUUUUCCACAUCAAGCCACUCUUUUAAAGGUGGAAGAUCAGGCCAGGUCAUCCCAACCACCCCGAUUAGUUGGUAAGCAUGUCCUCUUAAUCAAUAAGGGGCACAAUCCACGAAUAAGUUUUCCUAUACAGGCCUCGUGACAGCUGCCCUGUGAUAAAGGGAAGGAAUAUUUGUCUUCAUUGAUCUAGCCUUCUUCUGGCAGAUUCCUAGAAAAUCAAUGUUAGCGGCAAAGUUUCUAGUUAAUACACACGGAGGUUUGAGUUUUUACUAUUACUUAAAUGCAACCACACUGGUGAGAUUAAGCAUUCUCUUAACAGUACCAUCCUAUGCAAGUUUACUCAGAUGCGAGUCUCAAAUGUUAAGUGUGUUCAGGAUUGCAAGACAAAAUAAUUAAUAGAAAGUGCUUAAAAAAAACAUUGUAGACCAAAGUUUGUUUUUUUAGGAAACUUUCAAAUUAUGUACCCAGUGCCAGGUGGUUCUAUUAAGCUGAAUAUUUUUCUCCCCACUUAAUCGUUUUUAUUCGCUUCCUUUGAUGAACUAGUUCUCAGAGCGCGGGGGACAAACGGCGCAGCGCUCCCUGCAGCCUGCAGGGGGCAGCGGCGUGCGCGCUUGGCCCUCGCCGGCCGCCGUAGCGCGGCCUGCAAAACGCUUGACGCAGCCUUUGCCCCCGCCGAGCCGAGCGCUUCGCCAUGGCGUCGUCCCAGUCGUCGGGCGGCAGCGCCAUCCAGAUCCCGAGCCGGCUGCCGCUGCUGCUGACUCCGGAGGCCGUGCUGCUGCCGGGCUCCACCAUGCGCGCCAGCGUGGACUCGCCGCGGAACAUGCAGCUGGUGCGGAGCCGGCUGCUGAAGGGCACGUCGCUCAAGAGCACCAUCAUCGGCGUCAUCCCCGACACCAGCGACCCGCCCAGCGACCUCGACGCGCUGCCCCCGCUACACAGGUCGGAGCCCCGCCCACCCUUCCCGUCGCCACGGCAACCGCCGGGAGCCUCUUACCCCCCCCACCCUCUGUCGCCAUGGCUACCUUCCCCUCCUAUCGCGGUGCGCCCCCUGUUGUUGUCAUGGUAGCUGCCCACCCUCCCAGAGACACGCCCCCUGUCGCCAUGGGAACUGUUUCUCACUGCCUGUUAGGGGCCUGGUCUUCGUCGCCAUGGCAACCGCGCCCUCUUUCUUCCGACGGCCCUCCCCUUCUUUGCCACAGCUAUUUCUCCCUCAUGUGGCUUGGGAGACCCAGCCAUAUGGGCGGGGUAUAAGUAAUUAAUAAUAAUAAUUAUUAUUAUUAUUAUUAAUAAUAAUAAUAAUAGUUGUUGUUAUUGUUGAUUCGUCCGUCCCUGCACUUGCCUUGUUAGCUGCCCACCCUGAGCCACCAUAGGAGCAUAGGAAGCUGCCUUGGACAGAGUCAGGCCUAUCUGUCCCCAUCUAACUCUGUAUUGCCUACACUGACUGGCAGCAGUUCUCCAGGGUUUCAGCAGGGGGUAUUUCAUAGCCCAUCCUGGAGAUGCCCAGGAUUGAAACUGGGACCUUCUGUGUGCAAAGCUGGUUCAAAGAGGAAGCUGCCUUGUACUGAACCAAACCAUGGGCCAUCUAGGUCAGUGUUGCCUACACUGACUGGCAGUGGCUCUCCAGGGCUUCAAACACGGAGUUUCCCAACCCUACUGGGAGACUCCAGGGAUUGAACAUGAAUCUUUUGCAUGCAAAUCAUGUGCUCUACUGUGCUCUUUCACCAGCUCUAAUCACUCCCUGGCCAAUCACUGGGCUGACUUUGCAACAUGAUGGUAGUAAUUUUACAAUCAAAGACACCACCCUAAUAGGUAAAGGUAAAGGGACCCCUGACCAUUAGGUCCAGUCGUGGCCAACUCUGGGGGUGCGGCGCUCAUCUCGCUUUACUGGCCGAGGGAGCCGGCAUACAGCUUCCGGGUCAUGUGGCCAGCAUGACUAAGCCGCUUCUGGCAAACCAGAGCAGCGCACGGAAACGCCGUUUACCUUCCCACUGGAGCGGUACCUAUUUAUCUACUUGCACUUUGAUGUGCUUUCGAACUGCUAGGUUGGCAGGAGCAGGGACUGAGCAACAGGAGCUCACCCCGUCACGGGGAUUCAAACCGCUGACCUUCUGAUCGGCAAGCCCUAACCACAGAUCCAACUUUGCAGCAUGACGGUAGUAAUUUUACAAUAAAAGACACCACCCUAAUACAUGCGGAUAAUUCUGCUGCAUUUUGUUACAUGUAGAACAAUGAUAUAUUACAGUCAUUGUCUACACGGACUGGCAGCAGCUCUUCAGGAUUUUAGGCACGAGGGUCAGGACAUUCCCAUGACACAAGAAAAGUGACAAUGAUGGAAGAGAAGGUGGUAGGUAGUGUCUAAUAACUCAAUAACUCCUUGGUCUAAUAACUCAAUUUUUAAAAAAUGAAUCUUAGCUGCACCUAUAGUCAAUAAAACUGCUUUCUUUCUUUAUUAAAUGUCUUCUGUCUGUCUUGCCAAAGGAUCCUAGUGUGGCAAACAACAAAGUGGCUAAAACAAUAGUUUUUUAAAACAAUGGCAAUAUAACAACAAAAUCGUGAGAUGGAGCUAUAUUGCUCCAAUCAAAGCACACUCUUCCUGUUGUGUCACAGCAAGUAACUCAUCCUCUUAAUGCUUCCAGGAUCGGCACGGCAGCACUGGCAGUCCAGGUGGUUGGCAGCAACUGGCCAAAGCCACAUUACACUUUGCUGAUAACGGGCCUCUGCAGGUUCCAGAUUUUGCAACUGGUAAAGGAGAAGCCCUACCCUGUUGCUGACGUGGAACAGCUGGAUCGGCUGGAACAGUUCACCAACAAGUCUACAUCCGAGGAGGAACUGGGAGAGCUCUCAGAGCAGUUCUAUAAAUAUGCAUUGCAGGUUAGGUGGCUGGAAGUAGGAAAUGCUGAUCUAUGGUGGCUGUUGAGCAAACUGCCCUGGGUGUUGAAUGUUGAUAAGCUGAAAGAUUGUCUCACCCCCUUAUAUACCCAAUCAAUUACUCUACUCUGCAGGAGAGAGCCUCUUGCAGAUACCAUGUUAUCAAAAGGUCUGUCUUUUCACAAUCUGCGCCUGCCCUUUGGAAUUCCCUCCUGUUAAAUAUUAGACCGAUGCUGUCUCUGAUGUUUUUUGGCUCCUGCUGAAGACCUUACUCUUCCAAUUCGCCUUUUAGGUAGAGACGCUUCCCAGUCUUCAUCUGUACCGGAAUUGCUUUUAGAUGUUUCAGUUGUUUUGUAAUUUGUAUGUUUGUCGCCCUGGGUUCCUUAGGGAGGAAGGGCAAGAUAAAAACUUUGUACGUAUUAUGUUCUCAUUUCAUGUUUUUAUGUUGUGAACCACCCUGUGAUACUUGGCUGAAGGAUAGUAUAGAAAUUUAAUAAACAGCAGCAACAAUUUUAUUAUUUGUAUCCCGCCCGUCUGAUUAUAGAGGAAGGACUUGUAGUUCACUGGUGGACCACAUGCAUUGGGGGCCUGGUAUCUCUAGUUAACAGCAUUUCAGUCUCAGGUAGCAAGGACAGAACUAAGCAGGAGAUCCAUGAAAGCUGCUGCCAGCCAGAAUGAAUAGUAUUUGUCUAGUAUGUGUCUACUCUCCAACUAUACAGUGGUGCCUCGCAAGACGAAAUUAAUUCGUUCCGCAAGUUUUUUCUUCUUGCGAGUUUUUCGUCUUGCGAUGCACGGUUUCCCAUAGGAAUGCAUUGAAAAUCAAUUAAUGCGUUCCUAGGAAACCGACUUCAGACCAGGUCCGGGACAGUCUGUCCCCCGACCUCUUCUGAAGGCUGGGGGACAAGGGCUUUCUUCCCACUCCACCCCAGCAUUUUAAAAACCCCGGGACAGCGGCGGGCUUCUCCGCUGUCCGGGGCGAUCUUAAAAUGCUGGCGGGCGGCAUUUUAAAAUUGCCCCGGGACAGCGGAGGACUUCUCCGCUGUCCGGGGCGAUCUUAAAAUGCUGGCGGGCGGCAUUUUAAAAUUGCCCCGGGACAGCGGAGGCCUUCUCCGCUGUCCGGGGCAAUUUAAAGCUCCUGGGAAGGCAGGCAGGGGGACAAAGACUUUCGCCCCCGCCAGCCUUCAGAAGAGGUCCUGGACCUCUUCUGAAGGCUGGCGGGGGCGAAAGUCUUGUCCCCCCACCUGCCUUCAAAAGCUGUCCAGCCAAGGCUUCGCGGACCUCUCCGCAAGCAGCGGCAGCACUGCCGCUGCUUGCGGAGAGUUGCCGGCAUGCCGAGCCUGCGCGCGCUGAGAUCAGCGCGCCCAGGCUUCGCGGACCUCUCCGCGAGCCGCGGGAGCGCGGCCGCUGCUUGCGGAGAGUUGCCGGCAUGCCGCUGCCUGCGCGCGCUGAGAUCAGCGCGCCCAGGCUUCGCGGACCUCUCCGCGAGCAGCGGCAGCGCUGCCGCUGCUUGCGGAGAGUUGCCGGCAUGCCGAGCCUGCGCGCGCUGAGAUCAGCGCGCCCAGGCUUCGCGGACCUCUCCGCGAGCAGCGGCAGCGCUGCCGCUGCUUGCGGAGAGUUGCCGGCAUGCCGAAGCCUGCGCGCGCUGAGAUCAGCGCGCCCAGGCUUCGCGGGACCUCUCCGCGAGCAGCGGCAGCGCUGCCGCUGCUUGCGGAGAGUUGCCGGCAUGCCGAAGCCUGCGCGCGCUGAGAUCAGCGCGCCCAGGCUUCGCGGACCUCUCCGCCAGCAGCGGCAGCGCUGCCGCUGCUUGCGGAGAGUUGCCGGCAUGCCGAGGCCUGCGCGCGCUGAGAUCAGCGCGCCCAGGCUUCGCGGGACCUCUCCUGCCUUCAAAAGCCGUCCGGGAUAGCGGGAAGCGCUUCCCUGCUAUCCCGGACUGCUUUUAAAAUGCUGGCGGUGGGGGGCAAAGCCUUCGGCCCCCGCCAGCCUUCCUGGACCUCUUCUGAAGGCCGGAGGGGGAAGGCUUUGCUCCCACCGCUAGCAUUUAAAAGAGGUCCUCGGAGAUUUCCCUAUGGGCUUCGUCGUGCGACGCAAGCCCAUAGGGAAAUUCGUGUUGCGAAGCGCCUCCAAAACGGAAAACCCUUUCGUCUAGCGGGUUUUCCGUCUUGCGAGGCGUUCGUCUUGCGGGGCACCACUGUAGUUGGAUUUCUUCCUAUACACAUAAAAAUGUAAGGUGUCAUCAUGUUUAUGAGGCUGCCGGUAGGUGACCACACCAACUGUGGCAAGGGGGGAGAGACUUUGGUUGGGGGGGUGAGUGAGGUAUAGAAGGAGGGUGCUUGGUCAGCUGUUGGGGAUGGGCAAAGGGCGUAGGCUGAAUUGGUGAGUAGAAUAAGCAGGGGCAGUAACUUCUUGUUAAUUAUGCUUUUGAUGAUAUUCAAAACCACCACUUCAGAAAUUUCUAGUGGGCCCAACAAGCACCAUUUUUGCUUUUGCAAAGUUCUCUACAAAAAAAAGGCCUUAACAGGAAGAGGGACUCAUGUGGUGGCUGUUUAAGAAGUGAUAGGAAAAUUCAGUCCAACUGAUUCCUUGUGUGGUAUGUGGCGACUUACCUCAUCCCCCAUGCUGUUAAGGUUCUCGUUAGUCCUUUGCUGGGAAUCCUUUUGGACACCUAAGGGCUUGCCUACCUGAUAAUUAGAAACAGAGGUUUGUGUCUCUUUGUUUUGCUGAUCCUUUUGGACUCAGCAAAGGAGCACAUAAGCUAAGUGCUUCCAUACAUGGUUUUAAGAUGUGGUUCAUGCUGGCAGGGCUAUAGGGCUUGCUGCAAGCUACUGCUUGCCCUGAGUAAUAGAUGUGCAUGUUAUGCAAAGCGAAUGAACUCCUGAGGAUAAUUGCAUCAGAAAGACAGUCAAAUUGUACAGCAAAAAAGCCCCUCAAGCUCUUCUUGAGUCAGCAGUGCUGACAGACUUCUUGAUGCCAAUCAUCCUUCUUUGUUCAGGUAGAUCCAUGAAGGAGAUUUGCCUGAAGACAAAUGGUUUUUUAAACUGCUGCAAUUGAGAAAGUUUCAGACAGAUUCCUUUCUGAGCUGUGUAAUGGUACAGGUUUGUGCAGCUUAUCCAAAAUGAUAUCUGUUCUGAAAAUUCACUAUACGUUUUUUUCUUUCUUUCUAUGACGAAGCUGGUUGAGAUGCUGGAUAUGUCAAUCCCUGCAGUGGCUAAACUGAGACGCCUGUUAGACAACCUGCCUAGGGAAGCUUUACCAGAUAUAUUAACCUCCAUCAUCCGCACCAGCAACCAGGAGAAGCUUCAGGUAGGGUGUGCUGCCUUUGCACAGACUGAACAAAGAAAAAGAGUGUCUCCUGUUCUAGCCAACUCUGCUCAGUUUCCAAGUGUUCCAUCUAUCAAAAGGAUGAAGCAAGAGUAUGCUGGCACAGAAAUAAAUGCCUCGAGCCCUUUGCCAUAAAUAAAAAAAAUGUAUAAACCAUCACAAUGUGUAGCUUUGGUGAUAAAGUGGUAUACGUCUACAUCCUGAAAACCACACUGUUCUCAUACAUUUUGACAUGGAACAUCCGUUCUAAACUUAUGUCUUUGGCAAACACUCCCUCUUCUUAGUAUUGUGGGCCCAAUUCUAUGGAAAUCCCAGCUGAGGCCAGACAGGCUCUCUCCCUACUGAACUUCCAGUGCCUAUUGAAUGUUUUUUCUUAUUCCUGCAGGCAUUUUAAAUUGUAGUGUGAUCUUACAGUUUUAACUGAUUUAUAUUUUUGUGUUGUAAACCAUUUAGAGACAAUUGGAGUUAAGCAAUGCAUUGUUUAUAAAGAAAUAAAAGUGGAUUUGUUCUGUACAUUAAGUAUAGCGCAUUCCUUUUGGGGUCAUGGGUUAUAGGUUUUUCUGCUUCUUUAGGGGAAGUCUGGCUACCCUACUGCUAGGAAUGGCAAAUAUGUAAAGUGCACGCGGAAGGCCCCAGGUUCAAUCUCCAGGUAAAGCAGGGGAACAUGUGGGCCUCCAGGUGUCUCUGGACUAGUAAUGCCCAUCAGCCCCAGCCAGUAUAGCCAAUAGGAAGGGAUUAUGGGAGCAGUCCAGCAACCUCUGGAGAGCCACAGGUCCCCCAGCCCUGCACUAGGCAGACACACAGUGGCUAAACUCAGAGAUACAUAUGAGAUUAAAAACAGAAUCAGCAGACAGGACAGGUUUUCAUUUCAGCAUCUCCAUAUUACAACGUAGCUUCCUUGCUCCUUUAUCCCCUUGCAAGCAUUCCGAUACGUUCCUUGAAGCUAACCACCUGUUGAUUUUUCCAUACAGCGGCACUGACACAUUUCAGAUAGAGCAAAUGUAUUUUGUGGGAGAGAGUCUGGAAACUGUAGUAGGUGAGGAAAAACACCUAAUAUGUUGUGCCUUUCUGUUAGAUUUUAGAUGCUGUUGGGCUGGAGGAACGGUUCAAGAUGACCAUACCAUUGCUUGUUAGGCAGAUUGAAGGCUUGAAACUACUUCAGAAAACUAGAAAAUCCAAACAGGAUGAUGACAAAAGGGUAAUCUCUCAAUUAUUAUAAUUAAAUAAUGUGUUUUAAGGCCUUUGUAUGGAGGCUGACAUAAUGUUAGAGUAGGUGAUAAAGACAAAAGCAUUAUAAAAUGUAUUUUAUGAAAUAUUUAUUUAUUUUCCAUCGGCAUUUAUCAGCUGGUCCCAGGGUGGCUUACGUACACUUGAAUAUAAAGCCAUGUGAUUUUUAUCAGAUCACUAAGCCAGCAGUUAAAAAACAUCCUUAAAUAGCAACAAUUUUAGCAGUUAAAUUUUAGCAGGUCAUUAUUAUGGUUUUUACUGAUUUUCCCAAUGAUGAUUUUUGUUUUAUUUUAUUAUUGUGUGGACUGUUUUAAUAUUUAUUUUUGUGAAUGAAAAAUGGUAUAGAAAUCUUUUAAUAAAGUUAAUGAAUGAAUUGGGUAAGUGGUUGCUUAGUGCAGUAGCCACAAGCUCACACAGAGAAAGUUCCUGCUAUUGUUGAGCCUUUCAAACUUUGUAGGUUGUAGCGAUACGUCCCAUUCGAAGGAUCACCCACUUUCCAGGCACUGCUGAAGACGAGGAGGAGGAUGAAGACCACAACGAUAUUGUUAUCCUUGAAAAGAAAAUUCGAACCUCCAGUAUGCCUGAGCAGGCUCUAAAAGUGUGUGUAAAAGAGGUUAAGAGGUAGGUAGUUUAUUUAGAUACUGAAACUCUCAGUUUGUAACGUUUUAAAAUCUGAUUUUAAAAUCUGUUUUACAAUCUUUGAAGCUAUUACUUGACUUCUCAUGUUUUCUGUAUUCUUGAAUACCACACUUUUAAUACGUCGUAAUCCAGCCUUCCGAAGCCAGUGCCCUCCAGCUGUUUCAGACACCAGUUUCCAUCCACCCCAGCCAGUGUGGCCCAGGUUCAUGGUUUACAGAUGUUGUAGUCCAAAUCAUCUGGAGGGAACCACACAUAUGGCUGAUAAAUUAUACUUGAGAGAAGAGGCAAAAUCAUGGGAACACAAAGUGAAUCAGGGGAUGAAUCCAGUAACUGUGGCUUUAAAAACAGUUAAACAUGUGCAGCACAGUUGCAAGUGAAGCUUAGCAUGUUCAGAUUACUUGCUAGGAUUUUAAAAUACAGAACUGAUGAGCACACAUCUUUAGGAACAAAUAUGCUUAAAUUACACAUUUCAGUUUUAUCUGUUCUUCUAGAUUAAAGAAAAUGCCUCAGUCAAUGCCAGAAUAUGCCUUAACUAGAAAUUACUUGGAACUGAUGGUGGAACUGCCAUGGAGCAAAAGUACAAAAGGUAAAGGGAGUCUUCUAUGCUUCUGUAGACUAUGGCUACUACAAAUUGUUUGAAAAAUGCAAAGGGAAGGAAUAUUGGUGGUGUUACCAGGGUUAUACGUUAUUGUGGCUAUUUGACCAGCAGAGACGCUUAAGCUUGGCGUUUAAACACAAUUAACAUUUGGUCAACAGAUCGCCUGGAUAUCCGUGCAGCCAGAAUUCUUCUGGACAAUGACCAUUACGCUAUGGAGAAGUUGAAGAAGAGGGUGUUGGAGUAUUUGGCAGUCAGACAGCUUAAGAACAACUUGAAGGGCCCGAUCCUUUGCUUUGUGGGGCCUCCUGGGGUUGGAAAAACUAGUGUGGGAAGAUCCGUGGCAAAGACUUUGGGCCGAGAGUUCCACCGAAUCGCCCUCGGUGGAGUGUGUGACCAGUCUGAUAUCCGAGGACACAGGUAUCUUUAGUGCUCCGUUUGCGAAGUGGUGAUUUACAAACCGUAGAUGAGUUUUCAGCUUGUUCCCAGCUCUGCCACCCCACCCCACCCCUUUUUAUUACCUUGACAUCAUUGUUGUCUUCCCAAUGGGGAAAGACACACUGCAACUCAUGCAUUACAAACAGCCCCUUCUCCAACCUGGUACCCUCAAGGUGUUUUGGACUAUAACUUUCAUUAGCCCCAGCCAGCACCACUCUGCUAGCUGGGGCUGAUGGGAGUUGUAGUCCAAAGCAUCUGGCUCAGGUUAUGGAAGUCUGCUUUGCUACAUACAUCUCCCCCCCCCCCCCCAGGGAGCAGUCUCUGCAGCAGGGGAAAAAUUAACGGUCAGCAUCCUUAAAUUCUGCUACAAAUGGUCUUAAUUUAUAGUGCAGUCCUAUGCAAGUUUCGAAAGCAGUUCGAAAGCACUUAAGUGCAAGUAGAUAAAUAGGUACCGCUUUAUAGCGGGAAGGUAAACGGCGUUUCCGUGUGCUGCACUGGUGUAGGCUCGCCAGAGCAGCUUCGUCACCCUGGCCACGUGACCCGGAAGGGUCUCCGGACAGCGCUGGCCCCUGGCCUCUUAAGCGAGAUGGGCGCGCAACCUCAGAGUUGGUCACGACUGGCCCGUACGGGCAGGGGUACCUUUACCUUUAUGCAAGUUUACUCACAGAAGCAAGCCACACUGUUUUCAGUCGGAGUUUUCCUCUAGUGGGUGUGUUUAAGACUGCAGCCUUAGGUAAGUUUUGUUGAACUCAACUGGAUUUACUUCUGAGUAGAUACACAUAGGAUUGUGCUGUUAAUUUCCUUUUGUAGAAAUGGGGAACAAUUUUAAUUGGGAGGCUGAAAAUGAAUCUUAAAUGUCUCAGGAGGGUUGGGUGUUUCUUUACAUGUAAAUAUAGAUGCAGAUAAUGUUAUUUAUUUAUAGUGGGGUACACAAAGGCAGUAUUCAAAAACAGCAUCUGUUCAUCCUAUUUAAUCUUUGGAAGUUGCGCCUCAUUUGAUAUAUUGUAUCCCACCCUCACUGGGAGACUUUGGUAUGCACUUGUCCGGAGUCAGUGUUCAGAAGUGACUGGCGAUUGUGACGAAACUGAAUUCAGGAGUGUAUGGAAAGGUGGGUGAGAUACUUGGAAGUGAGUCCUGCCACCGAAACAAACAAAUGAUAGCCAACUAGUCAGAUGGGUUUUGACAGAUUGAUUCAAUUUAAAUAUGCAUGUGACUAAAAAAACAGUUCUGAAAAGGAAAUGGGCAUAACUUUGUGUUUAAAACGCCUUUGUGCAUGCAUAUGUUGCAGGAGGCCCUUCUCCGAAGAGGCAUCCCCUUUUGUGGGUGACAUUGAAGGGUGGGUGCCUCUUCUAAGAUGGUUCCCUUCCACCUGCAGUUUAUAGAACAUGGCUGGGCAAACUAAGGCCCAGGGGCUGGAUCCGGCCCAAUCGCCUUCUAAAUCCACCCCAUGGAUGGCCCGGGAAUCAGCAUGUUUUUACAUGAGAAUAUGUCCUUUUAUUUAAAAUGCAUCUUUGGGUUAUUUGUGGGGCCUGCCUGGUGUUUUUACAUGAGUAGAAUGUGUGCUUUUAUUUAAAAUGCAUCUCUGGGUUAUUUGUGGAGCAUACGAAUUCGUUCAUUCCCCCCCCCCAAAAAAAUAUAGUCUGGCCCCCCGCAAGGUCUGAGGGACAGUGGACCUGCCCCCUGCUGAAAAAGUUUGCUGAUCCCUGUUAUAGAACUCCCUUUCUUUAAAAAAACAGUGUUGAUGGCAAUGAUGAUGAUUUAUAUAUUGCCUUUCAUUUCAAAAAUAAAUACCAAUGUGGUUCCAGGAUUAUGGAGAGCCCUGAAGAAGGCUAGGCAGGAACCAGCUUUAGGACCAAGUUGUAGUGGCUAGUAGUAGAGGAAUAUACCCUCAGGGUGUUUGGUAAUGGGCCAUUAAGAAACCAUCAAGCAAAAAAGAAUAGCGGAAACAUAUUUGCUACAGGAGAUUUGAAGGUGGUGAUUGACUGUCUGCAACAAGUUGAGACAACUGCCAUUCUGUACUUUGUUGGAAUGGGACACUUCAAAUGAACAAAUAAAAUUUAGGGCUUUGCCAAAGUUGCCUAGCAAAUUGAGAUUUAUGUUCAAGAAAAUGAUUUGGGAAAGCAUACAUCAAAAUGUGUUCUUCCUGUUUAGUCAUAUAUCUGGGGCCUGUUAGAAUACAAAUUCCUGAAUUUACUGUGGGUAGUUUCUUGGGAAAUGGUGUGUUUAUGCAACAUGAAAAGGCAAAUUUUACCAAGCAAUGGAAGGUCCUUAGUCCUUCCCCACAUAGACUUUCAAAAUGGCACUGUAGGCAGUCCUGCAUACAUUUUUGUGCAGUUUUCAUGACCUGGCCCACCUGCUUUUUCCAUGCAUCUAAAUCAAGACACCAAGACAGAACAUCCUCCAGGUGAUUGCAAAUCACUCCGCUUCAAGUUAGCUUUGUUAGGCUCUUUUCACAGCUUCCACCACCUGUUAUAAUUGGAUUAAUACAAUAAGCCCAGACAACACAAUUAGUCAUUGCAGCCUCCUGUGUGUGUUUGAGGAGGCCUCCUGCACAAUCUGGGCAUUGUGGAAUAUACUUUGAUGUUUCUAGACGUCCAAAUACAGCAUAUUCCUUAGCAUGCUAAACAUGGGAGUGGCCAAACGUCCCCCCCUUAAGGGACUGACUUGCUGUUGUUACAUAUAUCAAGCACUAAAUCUAGGUGAUAUGAUGUUCUCAUCCCAUGUUGGCCAUUGAUGUGGGGCUGAAGCAGGCAAACCUUAGAAUUUAUCUCUCUCUGCUGUUGACAGUGCUCUACCAAAGUGGUAACAGCAUGCUGCUGUUCACGUGGAAACCACUAGAGGUUGUCCAAUGUUUAGGAAGUGUGAAGGGAACAUAUUUUUAUGAAGAGAGUGGCAGCUUGGACUUCCAGCUGAAGCCUGCUAGUUUCAGAACACAUGCUAGCAAAGUUUUAAAAGAGCACAGUGCAAUAAAUAGCUCUCCACCUUUGUGUCCCCACAAAGGACUUGUGGCUCUUUCUGGGAGUUCUCUUUCCCCACAUCCACAUGUAUCCUUUUGGGUUUCGUUAAGCCCCCUUAAAAAAAAUGUUCAGCUUUAAGAGCAGCAAACAAUUUUGAGUCUGCUGUUGGGGGAUGGCAGGAGAAGACUUUGUUGCUUCACUGUGCACCAUUGAUCUCUUCACAGCAGUCUCUGGCUUGUGACCCAGUGCUCUGACAGCACCAGAAUUCCUCUUUAGAACCGAGUUUGAUAAGCAGCAAGACCAGCUGAUACCCUUGACUUGUUUUUGUUAUGUGUGUCACUCCUGCGCAAAGCUAGCCUCUAGGAAAACUCAGCUGAUUCUGCCAAAAGUGAAAGAAGAGUUGCCAGAGGCAUGCCGGGGUGUUGUAUUUGGGGAAGGACUUGUAGCUCAGUGUUAGAGGAGAUGCUUUGCAUGCAGAUGAUCCAGGUUCAGUCCGCGGCAUCUGUUUGGAACCCUGGAGAGAAGUUUACAUGUUUAGGAGCUGAGCUAGGUGUAUCCGUGUACUGAGCUAAGUGCACCAGUGAUCUGACACCAGCAUAAGCCAGAUUGCUGGAAGUGUUGGGAUAGUUCUCAAGCAAAGCUGGGUUGAAAUCUGUACUCAGCUGUGAAGUUCACUAUGUGGCCUUGGGAAAAUUACUCUCAGCUUCAAUUAUUUCUCAGGAUUAUUAUGGGGAUAAAAUGGAGGGGCUGGGAAGAAAUCAUGCACAUUGCCCUAAAUUUCUUGGAGAAAAGGUGGGAUAUAAACAAAAUAAAUAAAGUAAAAACAAAGUGUUUAUUCCCUCAUCCGCUAAUGAAGACAUGAUAUCUGCUUGCUUUCUCCUUGCUCUCCCUCUUUUGUGUAAAAGAUAGGUUGGAUCUUCACUGAGUUAGCAUUUUUGAUGAGGGCUAUUCCUAAAUCUGCACUGUGAACAACAGUAUCAACAAGGAAAUGAGAGCUCUUUAUAGCAUUGUGUUGCACAGAAGUUGUGUGUGUGUUUUUUUUAAGUACCAUCUCAUGUGAUAUUCAGAUAUGGGAAGAAGGGAACACCCAGAACUUGCCAUGUAAGGGCAGCUCACGUGCUUAGAGUUUGCCGUGCAUGUGAAUCUGCCUUCCAUUUGGGCUCCGAGGAUUCACUACUGUUUUCCAUUCUGCAAACAAAGUUAGUCUCGUAAUAGAGAACCCAAACUGACACUUUCCAGCUGUCCUUUGCUUUUGCUGGGCAGCUGUUCCGUGCUUGUGUGUGAAAAGUUUGCCCCAUCAUGUUAGAGACCAAGCUUAUUUGGGAAAAUAGAACUGGCGACAGCUUCAGAAUUUCUGCUUCAUUCUUAGCAUAUAUCUUCCUUCUUUAAAAAGAAAUACUCUGGGGGCAGAUUCAGAGGCUUUGGAAGAAAGCCACACAGUCAGGCAUCUCCUUAUUUGGCUGGGUAAAAGUGAAAUCAGCAUAGGUUAAUUAAGAUACGGAUCAAGUCCACUGUGCCAAUAUAUUAAGACUCCUUAUUUAAAUUUCUGAUUCAACAAAUCAGCUUUGUAUAAAGGUAGAAGAUACAUUUUUAUCCCACCCUGCCUCUAAGGAGACCUCUUACAAAAUUGUUAUUUCCCCUUCCUAAAUGGUUAUCAUCGUAACAAUCCUGCAAAGUAAUUUACACCGAGAGACAGAGAGCCUAUGUGUCUGGCCCAAGGUAACCCAUGGUUUAGCAAGGACUUUAACCCAGAUCUCCCUGGUCAGGGUCCAACCCUGUGUCCACUGCAUCCUGCUGACUUUCCAGGAACACAGUUCUAUUGAUGUUAAGCACUUUGAAGUCCCAUUGAUUUUUUAUGUUUUGUGGAACUGACUUAAGGGAGCAAAUUCCUUUGAACUUGUGUGUGCUAAAGUUGUUCUGUGAAUGACUGCCAAUGGGCCCACUGUUCAUCUGUCUUCCGCCCACCCCCUGUACACCCCCUUUAGGCCUACCCAACCUUCUCGCUUUUCAUGGUGCAGAUAUUUCCAAGGCAUUUGUUAUUUUUAAAAGCUGCAAUAGGCAGCAGCAAUACGUGAAUAGUGAUCAGGAUCCUUCCCACUGGGUGGUUGAUGGUAGACCUGUCCUGUGAUGGGGAGGGGAGCUGUCCAGCUGGAGCAGACUCUCAGGCUGGCUUCGUUUGUCUCACCCCCCAACCCUUUUUACUUGUAGUUCACCGUGAUGUCCAAAUCAAGCAAGCUACAGAGAGUUUCUCUACAAACCAGAAACUGAAAACAGUAAUUUGAAGUGGGUUUUCAGAUUUGGUUUGGUGGUAAAUAAUAGCUGUAUCCAUACUUUCCCCAGUUUGGAUGCCCUGGCAAAUGGUGUUUACCACUAACCAGGAAACGGAGCAGGGAAUUGGUAUGGAGACAAAUGGAGAGAAUGAACCCCCAGCACAUUCCUACAAACCAAACCCUGCUUUAGUCAUAACAUCUGAUUCAGGCCAAUGUAGUGCUUUAAUAUGGCUAGAGUAGUACCAGUCCUCAAGAUUAGGAUAAUUACAGGCAUAGAGAGAGAGAGAGAGCUGAUGCCAUCCAUUUAUGGAGAUCUCUUGCAAAUAAGAGUGUCAUUACAGGCUACUGAGUCUAAUUCUGAUUACUAUUGUUUUCCAGAUCAAAGAAUUCCCACCUCCAUGCAGAAGCAGAAACUAAAUGAUUCUGCUUUGAGCUUAGAAACUUGCUCACAGUUUGUUCCUUUAAAUUGUCUAAAUGUAUUAAAUACUUUUAUUUAUUUUGGAGAGACAGUGGAAAUAUUAGAGUUUGGAUGCAGUGUGGGUGAACAGUUUAUUUUUUCACUGGGAAUAGUACCAACAUAAAGAUUCCAAGCAAAGGUUUUUGGUGUGUGUGUGGUUGUAAACAGCCAGGCCAGUGCAGAAAGAAACCUAUUUCCUUAUUGCUUGACAUUUUCCAGGACUCACCAUGGCAAGGGAGCUGGUGGGAGGAGGGAGGAGGCAGAGCACUGAGAAUCCAGGGCCCGAGGGAAGGGUGAGUGAAGAAGUCAUGGGGAUCAUGCCUCUGCCCCCUUGGUUUCAACGCUGGAGGCUGAAGCUUCUCUCCAGCUACUUGAUAUUCAGGCGAAAUGUUUUGCUGAUUAAGGGCCUUUCCCUAACCAUGCUCCACGAAUGCCAUUUAAAAACUUUUGAUUCAUAGAUGCCUUGAGCAGUAUCUGGGCAGUAGGAGGAGGAGAAUCAUCAAAGGCACCGCGGUAUCAUGUAAAACUCCUGGAGGGUUGUGUGACACUGGCUAAUUUAGCAGCGAUGAAUUUGAAAUAGAAGGACUAGGUGCAGAGCUUGCCGUGUGCCUGCUCACCUGGGGCUAGUAGCAGGGGCGUCCCUCCUUUCAACUCUGCCCCUCCCUUGUUUUGGAUUUCUACACCCACUGUUGGCUCCUCCCUGCAGGCACAGCUUCCACUUUUUCUGUUGGCGCACAUCCAAACCAGGAAAUAUGGUUCAUGGCUUCUAAAAGAUCCCAAAUGGGAAACCAUAGUUUGAAGUUGGCUUCCAGGUUUCAUUGGAAGCCAUUAAACACCCUUCUCAAGCCAGACAUAACAGGGCAGCUCACUGUGACUUCCUGCCAUUUGUUUCCCUAUUUGUUCAAAAGGUGUAGGGAGCCAUAUGCAUGUGUGUGUCUGAAGCUUCUUUGUAUUUUGGCUUUGGUUGAUUUUAAACAUCAGAACACAGCCAAUAUCUAAAUCAGCCUUCUGCAACCUAGAGCCCUCCAGACGGACUGCAGCUCCCAUCAACUCCAACCAGUAUGGCUAAUGGUUGGGGACGAAGGAGAGCAACAGGUUGCAGAAGGCUGAUGAUUAGCUGAUUGGGGUUUUUUGGGUGACUUUGGAAAGAGAACAUAAAACAAUUUGCUUCCAGUUUGCUGUUCCGUAUUUCAACCUCAUCCCUUGCUCCCCACAAGGCGCACCUACGUUGGCAGCAUGCCUGGGAGGAUCAUCAAUGGCUUGAAGACUGUUGGGGUUAACAAUCCAGUGUUCCUGCUCGAUGAGGUUGACAAGCUUGGAAAGAGCCUGCAGGGGGAUCCUGCGGCUGCUUUGCUUGAGGUAAGAAGUGAAACAAGCUCCUUCUCUGUUGCAUGUAGCUCACCUUUUUCUUCAGAUCAGCUGUCUAAUUCUGAGCUUGACAAAUGGAGAUAUCAUUUUUCCUGAUCACAGUGUAGGGCUUUUGGAGAUGGAAAUAACACUGGACAAAAAAAUAAGAAAGCCAAUUCCAUUUGUGUAUGUGGAGCCAUCAGUUGCUUAAUAACUGUGGUAUUUGAUGAUUAAGAGCAUAAGAAGAGCCCUCCUGGAUCAGACCAAAGUCUGUCUAGCUCAGCAUCUUGUUUUCCCCUCAGUUACCAACUACAGUGGUACCUCGGGUUAAGUACUUAAUUCUUUCGGGAGGUCUGUUCUUAACCUGAAACUAUUCUUAACCUGAAGCACCACUUUAGCUAAUGGGACCUCCUGCUGCUGCCGCGCCGCCAGAACACAAUUUCUGUUCUCAUCCUGAAGUAAAGUUCUUAACCUGAGGUACUAUUUCUGGGUUAGUGGAGUCUGUAACCUGAAGCGUAUGGAACCUGAAGCAUAUGUAACCUGAGGUCCCACUGUAGAUGCAUUAGCAGGGAGUGAACAAGAACCAUCUCAUGUUGUUUUGUCCCCAGGUUCUGGUAGUCAUAAAACUGUUGUAUUAACAACUGGGGAUUUGUGUGCUUCUGCAUCAAAAACUAAAGUAGUGACUUGCUUUUUGACAGCAUAUUAAUCUGAAUGUUUGAUAUGGGCUUCAGAUCCAGGGUAAAGGGAAACUCCGGUUAGCCCCAUUGCUGUUAACAUCAGGAGUCAAUGGCUUAACUACCAUUAAGGGGGUGGGGGUGGAGAUUUGCUCCAGGUAAAGGGGGGUGCUGUAGGGACAGGGGCAUAUAGUCAGGUCACAUCUUAAUGUGCAUAAACUUACUGAGACCUCUGGGUAUGGGGUGGCAUAUAAAUUCAAUUUUUUAAAAAAUAAUAAUACACAAUUUCAACUGUAUGCCCUUGGCUGCAUCUCCAUUCCAGGAUCUAUUCCAGCCAUUUUGAUCUGCCAUGCUUUCUCUCUCUGCCCUUCUCCGUCCUCCUCCCUUGCAGGUGGAGGAGUGAGGAGCGGCAGUGGGUACACCAGGAAAGGGUGUCCCAGUGGAGCUUGCCAGACAGUAACCAGCCAUGAAAAGGUCAUUUUGGCAAUACACAAUUUUCACAUAGGCAUGCUACCCUUGGAACAUAACCCCAUCAUAUGAGGCGACUCGACUGUGUUCUUGAGGCUGGUUUCCAGUCCUUUAACCAAGUUUAACAUGAAGCCAGUGUUGCAUCCAUAUGUUGGGCCCUGUGUGUUUGAAGAGCUAUUGAAAGUAAAUUGGCUGCUUUGUUUCGAUAUUUUUGUGUGUGUGUGUGUGUGUGUGUGUGUGUUAUGAUGAUAUCAGAGAUACUUUCUGGCAUGUUGAGAUUGGUAGCUAUUUUGGAGCACUGAGAUAAGAAAACAACAACACAAGGGAGAGUCCUUGGGCAGCUGCUGGAUCCUUCAUCUGAUUGCCAUGGGACUAGCUGACAUUCUUACAAAAAAGGCAUUUUUAUUUAUAACAUGCAACAACAGGAAGGAAGUCAGGCAGAACGAUCCGGCUCCAUUUGCAGAAUGGCAAAUGCUUUGCCGUGGCAGAGGCUGUGCAAAGGAAUUUGUCUUCAUAUAGUAUGGAGGAUCCCCAAGUGCUGUUCCUGCAUUGUACUAGUACUGUGGCAAAACUCUUGUUUUUUAGUGUGACUGAAGACAAGAGAAGGCCGGCUUUGUGUAACCUGGGGUUGCUACCUAGCUUUGGAUAAUUGCAGUUAGUUUGAUUGUGAAUGAAACGAUUCUAUGACUACAAUCUCAAGGCAUCCCUGAGUUUCUUUUAUCCUUAAAGCUUCCCAGGGCAGGUUAACAUGGGCUGCGCCUGGCGUUGGGGAAACUUGUGACCCUCCAGAUCUUGCUGGACUGCAACUCCCAUCAAUGUUCUUACUGGUGCUGAUGGGAGAUGGAGUCCACCAUCAGCUCAAAGUUCCCUGCCUCAGGCUGGGCCAUUCCUUAAAUUGUGCUGAAAUAUUUCUCACUGAGGAACAAAUUCGUAUUCUAGGGCUGAAGAAAUGUUUUGUUUUGUAGACACCAGCAUUGAACAAGAUCCCCCAGAUAUGUUGGCACCAGCAUUGCCUGGGGCUCCUUUUUUUUCAACCCUCUGUGAUAAAACUGAAAGGACUUAUGGUCCUUCCCAAAUAUUCCCUGCCCUAUACACUGGAGGGAGAAAGACCCAGUUUGUCCAUUGCUGGGUAAGGUUGGUAGUUCAGAUGGUGGGACUGAGGUGCCGUGUUGCUUGAGCAAAGCAGAACGUCUUCCUAUUUCCAGUUACUGUCCAUCAACAAGAGAACAUUUGUUCUAUAUUUGGAUGACCCCACUGAAGGUCGGAGUAGACAGAAAAGGUUCCAAGUGUGUCUCGAUGGAAAACCUUGGUAGGCAGAUAUGAAGCAAAAAGCAAGUGGGCAGGCCACUAAGUGUUCUUGGGGUUUUUAUGUAUGUUGUGGAAAUGAAGGAGCUUAAUUAAAAUAGUAAUAAUAAUUUAUUUAAAAACUUUAGAAACCACUCUUCCAUAAAAGUGCAAAGGUCAGUAUACAAAGAAAUUUAAAGUUACAAAAACAUUAUAACACAAACCAAUGGUACAGUGAAAUCAAAACCAUUCAACCAGCUAAAGAUAAGGUAAAGGUAAAGGUAAAGGUACCCCUGCCCGUACGGGCCAGUCUUGACAGACUCUAGGGUUGUGCGCUCAUCUCACUCUAGAGGCCGGGAGCCAGCGCUGUCCGCAGACACUUCCGGGUCACGUGGGAAAGAUAAGGUAAUACAAAAUGCCUAAGCAAAUAUAAACAUUUAACCUGGUGCUGAAAAGAAUACAGGGUCAAUGCCGGGCAUAUCUUCCUCUGGAAAGCAUUCCGCAAUCAGGCGAUCCCCAGAGAAAAUAUCUUUUUCCUUUGCACAUAAUGUACUUCCCCUAACAAUGUAAUACAGAAGAGGUUUUUAAUACAUAAAAACUCUCCCCUUCACCCUUACUAUGUAUGCUCUUAAGGGACGCGGGUGGCGCUGUGGGUUAAACCACAGAGCCUAGGGCUUGCCGAUCAGAAGGUCGGCGGUUCAAAUCCCCGCGACGGGGUGAGCUCCCGUUGCUCGGUCCCUGCUCCUGCCAACCUAGCAGUUCGAAAGCACAUCAAAGUGCAAGUAGAUAAAUAGGUACCACUCCGGCGGGAAGGUAAACGGCGUUUCCGUGUGCUGCUCUGGUUUGCCAGAAGCGGCUUAGUCAUGCUGGCCACAUGACCCAGAAGCUGUACACCGGCUCCCUUGGCCAGUAAAGCGAGAUGAGCGCCGCAACCCCAGAGUCGGCCACGACUGGGCCUAAUGGUCAGGGGUCUCAUUACCAUUACCAUGUAUGCUCUUCUUUUUGGUGCUUUUGAUCAUUUUACAUUUUAAUCUUCACCAGAUAUGGUAAGUUUUGUUUAUUGACCAAACUGUUGACCGAAACCCCAAGGCAACUCACAGCAAUGUACAGAACCCUAGAGUUGCAGGGGUGGAAGGAACCCCAAGGUAAUCUAGUCCAACCUCCUCCAGUGCAUCUGUUGCAGUGCAAACAAUAUCUAGGCUGCCACAAACACUCUACCCUUGGCCAAAUGACAUAAGAUAAAAAAUGCCACCAAAGGCCUGACGGAAUAAUGUUUGAUGUUUUAUCACCAAAGAAGGGUCAUCCAGGCAUCUUGCAGCAGUUAAUACCAGAGCCUGGGGCCAUAUUGGUGGAGGCCCUUGCAUCAGGACUGGGAUGUAGAGCAGGGCUUCCAUCCACCAAGGACUGAAGUGUGCAAGCUUUGGUUUCAAAUGAGGACAUGAAGAGGUUAAGCAAUGCCAACAGAUGUCUGUCGGAGCUGCCUAUUGCUUUCAUACGACAGAUGGGCUACCUGCUUUAAAUGAUGAGCCUUCCCAGUCUUACCUGUUGAAAUCCAAGCACCAUUUUCAUAAUUAAUCCCCCACCCUCUCCUCCACCAGUCAUCAGUGAAUGUAACAAGCCUUUUCUGUUAAGCAGGCUGUAGACAUUCCUUAUAGCUUUAUCUCUGAUUUCAAAAUGGGUCAGCGGCAGCACAAGAAAGAAGAAACUCCCUUAGUAGAAGCUUCCACACUAUUUUAGAUUCACGUGGGGUUAAAGGUCCCCGCCCCCACUCACUCUCUCACUCAUAUUUACCUCAUUCUUCAAUAUAUAUAUUUUAAGUUUCAGCAAUGAAAGCUAAGUGAGAUGGCUUUCUAUUCUUGACAAAUGUUCAAACUCUCUGUGUGUACGUGUGAUAUAUAAUUUUAAUUAGCAGCACUCUUCUGGGUCCAUAAGUCAAGUCGCUAAAGCAAAAGGGAUGUAUUCAUUCCAUAAUGGAAAAGAUAAAUUAUCUUGACAGCAGCAUGCAAUUGCUUGGGCAUCACAGAGGUCCUGUCAUGUGUUAUGUGAGAACUUUUCAUGUCAAAGCCACAUUGAUAAUUUAUCAAGCGCCAAGCAAGAGCUCUAGAGUUCAAGGGAAGGGUGGUAGAAGAAAGGUGCUAGCUGAGUGUGAUGUUGCCGACAGGUGUGGAUCACAGAAUUCUAUGAAGAGGAGUGAAGGUGACUAAGGAAGGGGAGUUGUGUUGCCUUUCGAUACCUAGGAAACCACAAAUAUCAAGGUUUAUAUAACAAGAGCUUCAUUGUAUGAUCCUCUGUCUGCCCUUAAUUUUAGAUAGCGUGUAUGUUAAGGGGAAUGCAAGUUGAGUAGUUAAUGUGCACAACAACCAGUCGCUGUGCCCAUUCACCAGCCCUCAUGGAGAAUAUGCAUAUAAUCCUUCCAUGAAGAGGGAAACAUGCACAUUUCCCCAUCUGUAUACAUAAUCUCCAGCAGGCCUUGGGAAAUGUGUAUCUAUCAAUUGAAUUCUGUACAUUUUCCAGCUAUGGAAUAGCCUCGAGGAAUGUGCAUAUCUCAGCUGAAUUUUGUACAUUCUCUGGGUAACAUGCAAAUAUUCUCCAGUCAAUAUGCAUAGUCUCCACAAAACAUGUUUCCCCACUCUGCAUUUCUUGUUCAGAAAUUGUGCAGCAUACACCCCCUGGGCUGGUUCUGACCCACUGCUCAAUCUUACAUUGCCAACAACCUACCCUGUCAUUGAUCAGCCAAGCAGCAGGAAGGGGCAGGAAGGGAGGCCUCCAGAUAAAUAUUAACUUUGUUUUGCUCUUCCGUACUGUUAUUAAUCUUCAGAAAAUUGCCAGCCUGUGCCAGAAAUGGCAAUGGGUGGGAUCAGAGGUACUUCACACUCCUUCUUCCCCAGCCCUCUUCCCUGCUGAGUAACUCUUCCUCAACAUCACAUUGUCCUUUCUGUACUGGUCUUUCAUCAGUUAUAGGAGAGUACUGUAGAACUGCCUUCCAUUCAAAUGCACUAUCAUAUAGUAAAACUAGACUAUGCAAGUAUCUCACUCACUGAAUUAGGUUUGCACACGCAAGCGACUUUCCUUAUUUUUUAGGGCAAGAAACUAAAAUCAGUUUUCCUUUGAAGCCUUAUCUUAAUAUACAGCCCAGUGUAUACGGCAUGGACCAACUCAAGGGUUGUCCAACCCGCUCCGAGGCAUACAAAAAUUAGUGAGUCUUUGUUUUGGUGAAAUGGAGGGUGCUUGACUUCAGACAUGCUGGAACUCUGCUUCAGCCACACCCACAAAUUAAAUCCCCCUCCCUCAUUACAUUAAUUACAGGAUUUUCUUUUCUAUGCACUGCAUGUUCACUUUGAGUGCCAGCCCUACUCCUUCAAGUUAGAAUGUUGUUUUGGAAUGUAAUGGAUACUGCAGGCUGCUUUCUGGAAAGCUGUGCUGCUUUUUAGGAAACGGAUCUCAUUUUAAAGAUGACUGGUGCCAUGCACCUCCAUAAAGACAGUUUGUUUCCUUCAUUCAGCAUCAUUCUGCUGUUUCCUCUGUACUACAUUAGUUGGGCUUUUGCCUUCUGCUUUAACUGAUGCUUCUGGCAGCAACUCAGGAAAGCAAAAGAAAGCUUGGAAAUGAUUAAGAAGUUCCUUUUUGCAAACACUGUGAAGAGCAGCAGUGCCUUAUGAAUAGAUUUAACGUUUUAUUUCAAGUUUUUGUCAUCCACCUGCCCUUAGGUGGGCAUAAGCAGUUGCAGAAGCAUGUACGGUAGUGUUUUAUCUUGGUGCCCCAAAGGCUGGGAUUCUUAGGGCAGUUCUGCACAAUACCUGACAUGAGGUGGUAAAAUGACGCGGUAGUAUUCUGAGUGGUAUCCACUCUGAUUACAGGUAUAUUUUGUGUGUGUGUGGAUUGCUCAUAAUUUUGGAUGCUCCUUUACAGAGAAAAACUCCUUAUAGUCAACUUGCAUCAUAAGAGAACAUAAGAAGAGCUAUGCUGGAUCUGGCCCAAGGCCUAUCUAGUCCAGCCUUCUGUUCCCAUAGUGGCCAGCCAGAAGUCUCUGGUAAACUCAUAAGCAAAACAUGAGCACAGUGUCACACUCUCUCCCAUGUUUCCCAGCAAUUGGUAUUUAGAUCCAUGGCACCUCUUAAUACUGAAUGCAGUCCUCAUGGUUAGUAGUAAUUAACCAGAGAGAGAAUUAUGCAGGGAAUCUCUGGCCCUCCUGGUGUGCUUGCUGGAGUUGAUGGAAGUUGUAGCCUAGCAUCAUCCGAAGGGCCAAAGUUUCCCCACACCUAUGCUAAAGCUUCUUCUCUGGUGUGUGAGUUUACCAAGUGCAGGUAAUGUUUAAUGUGGGAGAGCCUUUGAAAAUGUAAACUUGUUGAGGCGUGUACUGAGUGCCCAUUCAACACGCCAGUGGAGUGUGCCAAUGGAACAGAAAAAAGCACCAGACAGUUUGGGUAGGGUCGGUUCCGUUACUGACAGUAUAAUGCACUUCCACAGCUUAGCAGUUACGUACUGGUGUAGUAUACAGUCUUUACAGCAGUCUUUCCAGUCUCCUUGCAGUUUUCCAACACAGACUAGGCUCUGGCCAAAGGCAAAGGCCAAGAGCAAGCUUGCUUCAAACACAAGUAUAUUUAUACUUUAGAUUAUGCUGAGUCACUCUCACAUGCUUGCUGACUCACUCUCACAUGCAUAACUGGUUUAGGCUUGCCAUAUUUCGAAAGGUGGAAAUCCGGACACAAAAGUUGUUGAGCAAAAUCUCAAAAAAAGAGGAUUUUUUUGAGCUGUUUUAACGGAAAGCUGCCAAAAUCUACACUACCAACAUGGGUUGCCAUAUGUCCGGAUUUUCCCAGACAUUUAAGCGAUUCCCACCCAGGCGGUUUCCCACGGCCGAAUCCUGGCUGUGUCUGGGAAAUUCUGAGUGCAUGGCAACCCUAAACUAGUUGCAGGUGCAGGACAAACACACCCUAAAUUAACCAGCAAACCUAACUUUUACCUGUCCUUUUUCUCUGCAUAAAUAAGCCCUUAUACAUUAACAAAACUCUGCUCUCAUCAGGAAUGGUACAGAAUUCCACUAUCCCAUUCUUCUAAAAAAAAUUUAAAAACGUACUUAAAUUGUAUAUCAGUGUUUUUAAACAAAAGGAUCUACUUUUUAAAAAAAAUUCCCUAUCCUUGCCCUCUCACCAGCAUAUGCUCAUUUACCUACCCAGCCUGAAGCUUAUCCCUCCCUGCAGAAAGGAUACGAGAGAGGGAAAAGAGAGAUAAGGAAAGGUGGAGGGGAGAAAAUAAGAGAGAAAAGCCUUGACUAACACGCAUGUUGAAAACAGAGCCCAAAUCACUGGGUUGCAGCAACGUUGAGACUGAUCCAAACAUUAUAGUGCAAAGACUUCCAGAAAAGCAGGCUCACGUAACUUGCAAUUUCUCAGAUGCUGCUUUUCUUUAAGGUGCCUCAACACUUUUUCAUGUUUGGGCUGCCGCAGACAACCACAACUACCCCUCUGGAAGUGGCGCUUCUCUUCAAAGCAAUCUGCUAAUUAUUUGCAAGGUGCAGCAUAUCUUCCACGCAGGAGUCUUAGAUUCCCAACAUUGCCUGUGAUGUGAAGGUCAGCUCUGAGAACGUGCCUAGAAUUAAACGGGCAAGUCCUUGUGCCAUCGGCCACCUAAUGGCCCCACACUCCUAAAUAAUUCACCAAGUGACCGCUUGAAACAAGUGUGAUAUUGUGAGCGCUUGUAAGCUCCAGUGUUCACCUUGAAACGCAGCAGGAACCAGAGUGGAGUGCCCAUUUUAAUUUAUCCUUAAUUAACAUCCCGUUACUCAAGUGACAGUGGCAAUUUUGCUUGGUGGCUGUUUGACAGAGAAAUAAGCAAAGGGAGGUGCUUGGAGUGUCAGUGUUUGUAUCAGUGACACUGGCUCAUCCUUUAAUGGAUGGUAAAUUACCCUGCUGUGUCCUUCUUGAUAGCCUCAACAGAGAUCCAUGCUUGCAAGCACUCAACCAGAAUAAGAGCUAGUGACUUAACUGCGUCCCUCCUAGCUGUGUACAGUCAAAGUAGCUUCUCGGAUCCGAUGCGCUCUAAUUUCCCUUUUCACCCUAAAUUUUCACAUGUACCCAUUUAAAAGUCAUUUUUAAAAACAGCAAUUGAUUAUUGACACUUGGAUUUUGGAGCGUUGCUCACCCUUUACUCCACUCAUUUGGCUUCUGCCCAUUCCACUUCCUUCAGUUGAGCACACUCAGAAAGGGUUAGACUUUAUAUGGGCAGCUCUACUGUCCAAUCACAAGUGCAAUUUAGUUUCACUCCUACCUUCUCACUGGCUGUUGAUUCUCCUGCUCUCAACCAGGAGAGGAUGAUAAUUAUAAUAAUAAUAAUGGGAGGUAACCAGCUCAUAGUAGACCCACUGAAAUUAAUGGCCUAUGUCCAUUCAUCUGAAUGGGUUUACUCGGAGUGGAGCUAACAUUGGCUACAACCCGGGGAAUAAUAGAAACAGAGAUUAAGAUAAUACUUUGCACUUAUAUGGCAUAUUGCAAUUGUUCAAAGCACCAUGCAUGUCUAUUCUUUUAAAUGGAGAUGCUAGACAUCAAGCUGGAAGACCUUCUGUAGGAAAAGCAUGUGUUCCAUUACUAAUCUCUCCCUGAGCCUCUCUUCUGCCUUGAGAGCUCUGGGAAUUGAAGUUCAGGUGGUGGCACUUAGGGAGCUCUAGCAGAGAAUUCUUCCCAUCCUUAUAAAACUGAAAUUCUGAGGAAUGUGUCAUGAGGGAAUAACAGCAGUGAAAGAAAUGGAGAACCUGUAUACAUUUGGUGCGCCUUCCUCUGUUCUGUGGAAUAGCAUUCCUGUCAAGAUACAACAGGCACCGUCUGUCUACACUUUCUGAAAACAAUUGGAAGGACAUUUUUGUUCUGACAGGCUCUCCCAGCUGGAGAAACGGGUCUUAGCCAUGAGCAUCUAUUUUGUGUUGUUUCAGUUUUGUUUUAACUGUAUUGGCUGUUCUUUGUGUUUUAAAUGGGUUUUUUUGUUGUUGCUGUUUUUAUUGUAUAUCACCGUCAGACUGUUGUGUAGAUGGCUGUUAAUAAAUAAUAUUAAUAAAAUAAAAGCGGGAAGUGUACUUAUGCCUUCAUUUUCUCCUUCUCCUCUUCCCACACCCUGGUCUCUUUUGGACAGAAAUAAAAAAGAGGAAGCUUGUGGUGCCACUAGUGUGACCCUCUUGUGGGUCCACUCCUUGAUGGCCAAAGUUUUUUUUUUUAAGUGUAGCUAUGGGACGCAGGUGGCGCUGUGGGUUAAACCACAGAGCCUAGGACUUGCCGAUCAGAAGGUCAGCGGUUCGAAUCCCCGUGACGGGGUGAGCUCCCAUUGCUCGGUCCCUGCUCCUGCCCACCUAGCAGUUCGAAAUCACGAAGUGCAAGUAGAUAAAUAGGUACCGCUCCGGUGGGAAGGUAAACGGCGUUUCCGUGCGCUGCUCUGGUUCACCAGAAGCGGCAUAGUCAUGCUGGCCACAUGAUCCGGAAGCUGUCUGCGGACAAACGCUGGCUCCCUCAGCCAAUAAAGCGAGAUGAGCGCUGCAACCCCAGAGUCGGUCACGACUGGACCUAAUGGUCAGGGGUCCUUUUCCUCUUUUUUUAAAAAAAAAAAUCCCGCCAACUGUCUUCUAAAAUAUAACUAAAUAUAACUGAGAAUGUAACAGCAUAUGUAGCUGUAACUACAGUCAUACUUUCUGAGAGGAAUUAAAUUUGCAAAUCUUUUUCAUUUGCUUUUUAAGGUCUUGGAUCCUGAGCAAAACCACAGCUUCACAGACCAUUACUUAAACGUAGCCUUUGACUUGUCCCAAGUACUUUUCAUCGCCACAGCCAACACGACUGCCACCAUCCCACCUGCUUUGCUGGAUAGAAUGGAGAUCAUCCAAGUUCCAGGUGAUGUAGAACUGACCAGGGUGUGGGUGCUGUUAAGGCAGGAUGUAUCAAUGAUUCCUGCUGCUUGUUGGCGCUGCCUGCCAUAUUUGUAUAUCAUAGAUGGCCACUGCUGGUAUCUUCUCCCAUCUCGCUCUCUUUCCAGCUGAGGCUAAAACUUCAUUUCCUUUAAAAAUCUGGCUUUGUAUGUGACUUCUGAUCUGAGUUCAAUAUCCUAGUUCUUCUAAAGGAUGUGUCUUGUUUCAAAGGAUACACGCAAGAAGAGAAGAUAGAAAUCGCACAUCGCCACUUGAUUCCAAAGCAGCUUGAGCAACAUGGACUGACUCCUCAGCAGAUUCAGAUUCCUCAAGAUGCAACCCUGGCAAUCAUCACCCGGUAAUUUUAAAAAGGUAUUUACAGUCGUACCUUGGAAGCCAAACGGAAUCUGUUCCAGAAGUCCGUUCCACUUCCAAAACGUUCGGAAACCAAAGUGCGGCUUCUGAUUGGCUGCAGGAAGCUCCUGCAGCCAAUCAGAAGCUGCAGAAGCCCCGUCGGACAUUUGGGUUCCAAAGAACGUUCACAAACCGGAACACUCACUUCUGGGUUUGCGGUGUUCAGGAGCCAAAACAUCCGGGUACCAAGGCGUUCAGGUUCUAAGGUACGACUGUAUGUGUUCAUUUUGCUGUUUGGUACAUUUAGUUGCUCUGCUCCGUUCUUGCAGCUGCCUAGGAAAAUCGAUAAGUUUAGGUUUACAUUGAAAAUGUUGUUCCAUGGCACCUGGAUUCAUUCCUGCCAGGAUGGGGACUGUGUGGCCUUCCAGAUGUUGUUGGACUCCAACUCCCAUCAUCUCUAGCCAUUCUGCAAGCUGGCUGGGGCUGAUGGGAGUUGGAGUCCAACAACACAAGGAGAGCCACAGAUUCCUCAUCCCUUCAUUAGGACGCAAUAAUGUCCAACGAAGCCUUUCCCCCAUAUCUUUUUGCACAUUAAAACCAUUCAUAGAAAUAUGUUCCCCAAACUAAGAGAUAACUUUCCUUGUUGUGGAACAGGGCCCUUAGACAGAUCCAGGAUUGUGUCAAUUUAGACGGGCACUGAAAAGGACAAUCUUGGCUGCUUCUUUGUACUAGAUACACCCGGGAGGCAGGAGUCCGCUCUUUGGAUCGCAAAUUUGGAGCCAUUUGCCGAGCAGUUGCCGUGAAAGUGGCAGAAGGCCAGCACAAGGAGGCAAAGCCAGAUCGCUCUGAAGUGACAGAAGGAGGAGGUUUGUGUGCCUUUUAUAUCCUUCUGCCAGUCGCAAGCCUUUGCCAGCUCUCUGGCUUGGAAGGUUGCCCAAGGAAGGGGGCCGUCAACAUUUCCGAGUUUGUAGAUUUGCAUAUGUUUUGUCCUCGACUGAAAUAAAUAUGCAGUGUUUUUCAUUUCGAUCGCUCAUGAUGAGCGAUAGAAUUAUUUGCAGUGCAUCUCUGGGGAGAAAGGAAAACUCAAGCCAAGUUUGUGGCUGAGAAAUGGGCGCACAGUGAGGACUGACUGCUCAGACCAUGUUUUGAACUGUGAAGCCGUUAAUGAUUUGGGGCUAGCAUCCUUGAGAAGCUGUUCCUGUCCUGUAUCCUGUUAUGUUCCCCCGUAGCAAGUGCUAUCCAAAAAGGCAGGGAGAAAAAGAGGAGUUUCCAGAGAGCUGUCCGCAGUUAUUGAGUACCUGGAUACACUAUAGAGCCUGAGCAGUCACCCUUUGCUGCUUGGGUGAUGUUGGGAGUUUGGAGAUAACAUGGGAAGGAACAGUUAAGGAUACAGAUAAACCAGCAUCGCCAGGCCCCUCUGGUGUGAUGAAUAAGGUUCCAGCAAUAACAGAAGCAUCAGCUAUGCUGUGAUGCGGUCAUGUGAAAAAGAGGCCCUGAGUCCUCUUGCCAGAGCAAUGUGGCCAGAUCGUUUCCUGUAACAGUAGCACCAAAAGGAUUUCUGCAUAGAGCAGGGGUGGGGCACCUUAUUCAGCCCAAGGGCCAGAUUUGUUUCUGGGCAACCUUUCAGGAGCCACAUGCCAGUGGUGGGUGGGUGCAGAGGCAAAAGUGGGUGGAGCAACGAAUGUGAAUUUUACCUUGGUAUAAUGGGAUGGUUUCCUACACACAGUCACACACCCCUCUCUGUCCUCGAUGUAGACAAGCAAGAGGCAUGAUUAGAAUUGAAGGAUGCGUUCCAUCCAGGCCAAAACACUUGAGGGUGCGAAGCAGGGCUUGGGAGAGUCCUGAGGGCUAGGUAAGAGACCUGGCAGGCUCCAACUGAGCCCCAGACCUGAAGCUCCUCAUCCCUGACAUAGAGUAAUAAAAGCAACAAGAAGUGAUCAGCAACAGUAGAUAUUUACCUUUGACUCCAGUGAAUAUUUACUCGUGGGUUAUGAUUCUGCUAUUCAGAAAUCCUUUAAAAGCUUGCAUGAAAUCACCGACGUGCUGUUGUCAAGGAGGAGGCCAUUAGUACUACAAUUGGGCAUACCUGCUAUAAACCGCCUACACAACAAACAUAAUCAGGGGCUGCAGUCUUGCUGAUGAGUCAGAUGCUUCUGUGUUGGUUGGCAGACUUAAAUAUGAUCAUCUAGCACUCGCUUCUUGUCUGAGUGAUAGCAAAAAGACAUUAUGGAGAACUCUACACCAUUCUACCUACCACAUGGCAGUUUAAAGGCAUGUUUUUCGAGGCAUCUGUGCAGUGUAGAAUAGCCUUGAGCCCUUGAACUUUUACCUCAUUUCCAGGUUUCUUUAACUGCUUGUGGCGGGGGCUUCGUUGGCAGCUGAGUUGUUGAUACAGUGAUUGCCAGCUAAGGGCUUCAUGCCAAUUUCUUUUUUUCAGAUCUGAGAACAGGGGAGACCCAGAUGUCUGUACAAGCUUUUCAUACUCUCCCCCCCCCCCAAAAAAAGCAGCCCUCUGUUUAAUGUUUUAUUAAUCAUCAGAAAUAAAAUUGAACAGCUAAUACACCUUUUAAAAAGAUAAUGUACCACUGAUAUCUUACAUGGCAUGUGCACUCAGAUGCUGACACCCUGCAAUAUUGUAAUUUAAAAAAGGGUGUAGCUGACAUCCAGGGGCUGCCUGUAUGUGCCUGGAGACAAGAUAUGUAAAACAAGAAGUAUUUUGGCAAUGAUAGUCACCCUCAAAUAUCUGAAGGGCUGUCACAUGGAGGAUGGAGCAAGCGGGUUUUCUGCUGCUCCAGAGGGUAGGACCCAAAACAGUGUUUUCAAAUUUCAAGGGAGGAGAUUUUGACUAAACUUUAGAAAGAACUUUCUGACAGUAAGAGCUGUGGAGCGGACUCCCUCAAAAGGUGCUGGACUCUCCUUCACUGGAGGUUUUUAAAUCAAGGUUGAAUGGCCAUCUGUCAGAGUUCUUUAGCUGUGAUCCCUACAUUGCAGGGGGUUGGACUAAAUGACCCUUUGGGUCCCUUCCAGCUCUUCAGUUCUAUGGAUACUUCGACCAGGAGUCAAAGAACAAUGCAACUAAUUCCAGAAGGUCCCAAACCAUUUGGACUUCUAUCUGUCACCACCGCAUGGCAAACCUCUGUUUAGAAUCAAUGGGUGUUUCAAAAAAACAGUUCGUAGUGGGAGCUGGUAGGGAAAAAAUAGAAAAUUCCCCAUGUGGGAACAAGUCCGUGGAUGUGCUUAAUAUAUAUAUAUAUUUGUUUUGAAUACAGGCCAUACAUCCAUAGCAGCAGGAUGACCUAUGUAAGGCAUACAGUAAAAACCUUUAGGUAUUUGGUAGCCCAUGUUGCUAUUCUGGGCUGCUUCAAGAGAGUGAUGCUGAUUUCCAAAAUUUUGUCCUGUACGCUGGAGCUCCUGUAUCAGGAGUUUGCUACGCACACUGUUCUCUUCUCUUUAGUGUUCCCAAAAUUGAAGUGAAGCGCAGGCUCAUCUGAAGUUCUCUGCGUGCAUUGGAGCCUCGGAGAACAUUAAGUCACAGCUCAUGACAGUGCUUGGUUUUUCCCAGGUACCAAAGUGCCUGCUAGAGCAGACUGGGAAUCUGAUAGCUGGGCCUUGUAGUCCAGAACUGCACAUACAGACCUAGCUCUGGUAAGCGGCAUUCACCAUCACAUUUCUCCCCUUGCAGCCUGGACUCUGGAAGGGAUCAUGGCUCAAUGGCAGAACACGUGCUUUGCAUGACAGAAGUCCCAAGUUCAGUCUACAGGCAUGGCCAAACUUGGCCCUCCAGAUGUUUUGGGACUACAAUUCCCAUCAUCCCUGUUCUGUUAGCUAGGGAUGAUGGGAGUUGUAGUCCCAAAACAUCUGGAGGGCCAAGUUUGGCCAUGCCUGGAGAUCUGGCAGCAAGUAGUGGAACAGGCCUCCCACCUGAGAUUCCCUAACUGUCAGAAUAGAUGAUACUGGAGGCUAGGUAAAUGCACAAAUAGUCUCAACUGAUACAACUAUACUACCUAUACAGAACGCUUAUUGUCAAACCUUUUUAGUGCAUCCUUGCUCGAGUCAAAAGUUGUUUGUGUGGCUUUUUUGGCUCCAUCAUCCCUGCUUAAAAAGGCCAAUUUUUCCCCUUGAAAGGUCAUGUUUGCUGAGGUUGAUAGGAGUUGUAGUCCAAACAAUUUGGUUGGUAUUAAGUUGCAGAAAGCUGUCAUUGGAGGAUCCCCGUGUAUGUGUACUCUUUAGCACUCCCAAGAGAGAGGCAGGAAAACCUCAAAUAUGUUUAAUCUUUGCAGUCAUCUCAGAUUUCAUUGAAUGCCCACAUGCUUUCCAAUAAUGCAAGGCAAGGGAUACAUCUUUUCUAAAGAAAUCCUAGUCAAUAAAAAGUAUGUGUUAAUCAAAUAUUAAAUUAAAUCUACAUAUAACAAAAAAAAAGUUUUGAAGGUGGGGAAACAUGCUUGCUUUGAUGUGUAAGUCACAGAUGGGUGUCAUCUUAGAAAAAGGCAUCUUCUCCUAGGUGAGAAUGAGAGAGUGACUCUUCUAUGAUGAAGCAUGCAUAUUAAAGCACAUUAACCAUUUUUAAAACCGUUGCUUUUUAAGUAUGUUGUUUGUUUGGGGAUUCUUUAGUCCAUUUAAAAAUAAUGUAAAUGGAGUAAUUGAUUGGUUUUAUUGGUGAUAGACUUUUGUUCUGUUUCUAACUGCUUUCAGAAGAUUUUACUGAAUGCCAUUAUUUGUACUUUUUUGGUUUUAUGUAGCCUAUGUACUGAUUUUUGUUAUAGUGGGUUUUUUUUAAUAUAAGUAAUUAAUCUACCCAGUUAAUUAGUUUAAAAUGUGGAGCCCCGGAGAAGAUAAAGAAACUAAGAUAUUUCAUAAAGGAAAAAAACUCACAUGUAGUGCUGGUAAUCAGUUUAAGAGCCCUGAAGUCUUUGUGACUUGAGGAAAGAGAACAUUUUAGUUAUCUAGUUUUACUAGAGAGAGGGCCAAAGCUCAGUGGUAGAGUAUCUUUUUUGUUUGCAGAAGGUGCCCCAGGUUCAGUUCCCAGCAUCUCCAGGUAGGGCUUGGAGACACUCCCUGACUGCAACUCCAGAGAGCCACUCCCAGACAGUGUGUAGACAACAGCACUGAGCAACGUGGAUCAAUGGUCGGAAGCAUUAUGAGGCAGGCAGCUUCCUGUGUUUCUAGCAGAGCAGUUUGGAAGCUCUUCCCUUCACAUGAUACAGUGACUUGUUUACUAUUAAACGCAGAACAAAAGGGAGGCUGUCUUCAGCAUUCCAGCUAAUCCAGCGAAGGAGUUAUUUACAGUGUUAAAAUUAGAGCUGGCAAUCGCUGCCAGCUAGGAAAGUCAUAGCAAGCUGAGUGCUUCCAAAUGGUGUAAAACUCCAGUUUGUUAAGGGUUGUCUUUUUUUCUUUUUUCUUUUUUGGCUGUUUGGAGAGAACCCAGAAAUCCUAAUCUGUGAACAGUUGUCUUUGUGUGGCCUGAAAUUGACAGCAGGCAAAACAAUGCAAAAUAAAAGAGAGCCUGACAAAUGGGGAAAGGGCUUGAUGUUUGGCUGCGCUGGAAUUAGAAUGGCACUGCUUUAGCCCCAGAAGGAGGUGGGUUGUUUUGUAAAAAAAAGAGAGACAGAGGAGGAGGGCAAAUGCUUUGCAGCACGCAAGCCCUGCAAUUGUAAGGAGCUGUAAUGAAUCAAGCCGUCUUGGAAAACGUUGCUCAGGCCGGCCCAGCUUCAAAACACCUAGCCCAAUGCAAGCCACCCGCCAUGUAUUGUGACUUGUUGGGUCCUUGGCAACAUUUCAGUUCCUUCAGUCUUCGUUGACCUAGCAGCCCAAAGCCAGGAGAUUUAUCAAGCCCACCCACCCAACAGUAUGUACUAGGUAGUUGGUAGGAAGCCUUCAGCUCAGGCCCCCAGUUGCAGGGGCCAAACCUUGCAGUUUCUGUAAGACACUCUCAAAAUAUCAUCAUACAGUAUUCAAGCUCAAAUAGAGGUUGCCUGACUUCUCAUACAGUGCCUGUCCUUCUUCUAAAAGGAAAUGAUAGAGAGGUCAGGAAACUGGACAAAUGGCACACUUUAAAUUGUGUAGGGCAGAAUUCAGAGCAUCACCCAGAGACAGCUGUAGGCAGAAUUCCUGCAUUGCGCAGGGGUUCCUUUCAAACUCUAUAAUUCUGUGAUUCUAAUUGGACAGUGUUCUCGAAGCUACAAGCAUGAGUUUGACCAAACUGCGGGUGGAAGACAGGAGUGCCUGGCAUGCUCUGGUCCAUGGGGUCACAAAGAGUCAGACACGACUAAACGACUAAACAACAACAACAACGUUUUCUUUCUUUUCUUUUGAAAAUAUCAUAUUUUUUUUACUAUUUAAGCUACAUUAUCGAAAUGUAAGGUGUGGAAUUUAUCAUCAUUACUUUCAUUUAACCCUGAUAAAUCCAAGGAUGAAGUGGGUUCAGCUACCUAAAAUCAGAUGGUGUGAAACAGGCCCUGGGGUGGGGUAGCUAAUCUAUAGUCUUCCAACUCCUGCCAGCUCCAGCCACCAUGGCCAGUGGUUAGGGGUGAUGGGGGAGGGGGCUGUAGUCCAGCAAUAUCUGGAGGACCCACCCCUGACCCAGAUGAAUGAGAGUGUUAGGAUUUCCAAGCCAACCAAAUGCCAGAUCCCUCAUAUCACAAACUACCCUUAGCAUUGCAUGACUAAAACAAAAAAUUAACGAAAUGAGAUUCCCUGUUUGGUGUGCCAGAGAAAUAUAACAAAGUAGUUACUAUAUAGAUCUGAAUUAUUUGUUGCAAUCGUGUUUUUGACCCGACUAAUUUGAAAGGAAAUCUGAAAAGCAUGAAUUCCAGGCAAAAAUCCUCUAGCGAGUUAGGCACCAUUCUUAAUAACCCACACUGCCUCAUAUUUAGGAUUUUAAAGUGCUGUCAGUCUCAGGUCUGUUUCGGCUAAAAUGUGGAAUUUUAUGAGAAGGGUAUAAAAUCCCGGGGUCUCAUUUUUUUAUUAUUAAAUUCAUUUGUUUGCAUAGCAAGCAUGUGGCUUUAAAACACCUGGGCUUUUAACAAAAAGUAGCCAGUCUCUCUUAUUUGCCUUGGGGCUUUCUCCCCCCUUUCCCUUCUAAAGAGCACAGGGUUCAACUUCAGCCAAUCUUGCUGCAGAAACAUUAACGAAAAUCUGAUGAGAGCAAAUCCCAAGGUGAUACGGCUGCAGGCAGCUGUGAGCUUUGAAUAAAGCUGCACUGUGGUUAACACACUUAAAGGAAUGUCAGCAAAAAUGUAGCACUUGGAUGGGGCCCCCAGUCUCUGGCACCUUCUCUUUUCUCUCCAAGACCCCCCCCCACCACUUAUAAAGCAGGGGAAGGGAACUUGUGGCCCUCCAGAUGUUGUUGAACUCAAAGACCCGUCAGCCCUGCCAGCGUGGGCAGCAAUCAGAGAUGAUGGGAGUCUGACAGGAUCUGGAAGGCAAAAGAAUCCUCACUCUGCCCUGUUGCAAAAGUCGAAGUCUACUGGCACAAUCUGCCCAGAAAAUUAUCUGGUGCUGGGCCCACUAAAAUGGCAAGGAGUUGGAUAAGAGUAGAGCUUGUGUCCCAAACACUCUGUGUAAAGGAGUAAUAUCAACAGCAGGGGCAGGCAACCUGGUGCCUUCCAGAUGUUCAUGGAAUGCAACUCCUGGAAUGAUGAAUGGGACUGGAGGAAGGGAACCCAGUCAACCCCCCCAAACUAUACAUACACCCUGUCUUAAGUUUGCUCCCCAAGCCUGUGCUUGCAUGUUUGGCAGUCAGUCCCACAGAGCUCAGUGGGGCUUCCUCCAAGAAGCUGGGUCACAGUAUUUGCCCCUCUUUCCUAGCAACACAGACUGUGGAAGUACCAUAUCCAAGUGCAGGUCCCCACAGCUAAUUGGGACCCUCAGAGACAAGACUCUCUGAGCCCAAAUCUGCUGAGAAGAUUCUCUAGGCUCCCUUCAGACCAAAAGCCCCACACAGUUUAGGAUGGGGAACCUGAGACCCUCCAGUUGUCUUGGGACUCCAGCUCCCAUCAGGCCCCCCAGCAUGGCCAAUGGUCAGAGGUGAUGGGAGUUCAAGUCCAUCAACAUGUGGAAGGGGCCACAGGUUCCCCAUCCCUCUGAAAGAUGUCCUAUCCAAGCCUUCCUCAUGGACAGAUCCAUUCAGGACCAAAUUUAGUUCAAUGGACAAUUUAGGAUCAUCUCCUCCUGCCCUCACUGGACUCUUGUGAAAUCUUAACAUCAUACUUUUUAAUCUAGUUGUUAUCUUUCUAAUUUAAAAGAAGCCAACCUGUUUUGUAGGUGAUAUUUUUUUUAUUACUAUUCUUCAGCCUGCUUGGUUCUAUAGCCUCUUGUGAGGUUUGUAUGUUUAUGUAACAAACGCCAAUCUGAUUAUUUGAUGCUUCAGUCUGGCCUGUGUUCUAUUGUAAUCAGAAUGAGCUAAGAGAGCUUAUUAUUUGAAGCAGAAACCACAAGGCUAGCUGUAAUUGCACAACUUGGUAUGCAAAGUUGCAAAUUUUGUGUUGCAUCAGAUUUGGGGCAGUAGGGGAGGGGGUCAGAGAGUGGAAUAAAUUUCUGCCGAAAGACGGGACACUGUUGUUUGUCACUGCGACGUAUUAUGAAACAGGCUUUCCUAAUUGGGUUAUCUGAGUAUAAAGCAAAAAAAAGAAAGAAACGUCUUUUUCUCAAUAGGACAGAUGCCCCUCACAAAUUCAGGAGAGAAUCAUUUACAAGUCUCCCAUGUUGCCAACUGCUGUCUGCAGAGUGAGCAGUUUGAAAUAAAACUGGACUAAGUCCCAGUUAAAAUAUGAAUAGUUUCCUGUAUGCUUUUAGUUUCUUAUUUAUUUAUUUAUAUUUCAUAAAAUUUAUACACUGCUUGAUUGUAAAAAAAAAGAAAACCCUCAAAGCAGUUUACAAAGAGAGUUAAAGAAUGAGAAUAUCAGUAGAAACAACUCUUGGUGUAAAACCAGCAAUAAACUAAAAACAGAUUAAGACUUAUGUCAACAUUCUACAUGUCUGGGUAGGCUUGCUAACAAAAAUUAUUUUAGUGGGCGCCAAAAAGAAUACAGUGAAAUGCUUGUGUGACGUCAAUAGACCAGGAGUUCCAGAGUGUAGGUGCUGCCACACUAAAAGAUUGAUUUCUUAUAAAUGUGGAAUGGGUAUUAUGUAACACCUGCAACAGUGCUAAUUCCUCCUAUCUUAAUGGUUGAGUAGGCAUGUAUGGGUUUUCCAAAUAAACUAGCUUCUUAAGUCUUCUGGCAAAAUGCUGGAGAGUAUUCCUAUGUUGUUAUGUAUGCGUUGGUGUCUUUCGUUGUGCACUUUUCCUUCCCAUGCCUUCCACCAUUGUACUGAUGAGGGACACUGCGGGACACAGUAGUAACAUACAUUCUGUCAUUCUAAGGAUCCCUGUGCAAAGUUUGCCUCCUGCUGCCAGUACCCCUUGCUGUAGACUCUACUCACUCUGUGUGCUAUGCUGCAGUGGUGGAGGACCUGUGGCUCUCAAGAUGUGGUCAGACUCCUGCUCCAUUGGUCAUGACCAUUGGCCAUGCUGGAGAUGACUAAUGGGAGUUGGAAUCCAACAACAUUUGGAAGGCCACAGGUUUCCCAUCUUGGCUCUAUUGGUCUAAGAACACAGGAAACUUUGUUCUACAGAUCCUUAGUGCAUCUAUCUCAUUAUUGUCUAGGCAGGGAGAAGCGAAUGUGGGGUCCUGCAGAUGUUGUUAGACUAGAACUUCCAUGCUGGUUGGGGCUGAUGAGCAUUGGAGUACAACAACGCACAUUGUCUAUCCUGGUCUACACAUACUGGCAGCAGCUCUUCAUCUACCCAACUCUACCUGGAGAUGUCAGGGCUGAAUCUGGGGGCUUUUGCAAGCAUAGUCAUGUGCCCAACCACUUAGCUGCUUCUUUCUCCCAUAGGGUCUUCCUCAUGGACUUAUAUUCUCUCCUUUGUUGAUUUUAAAACAAAGAACGUGUUUGUUCUUUUGGUUAAAAAUAUCGACCUAGAACAUGGGGGGGGGGGGGCUUGUGACACACACAGAAAUGUUGUUGGAUUCCCAAUUCCCAUCAGCCCAACCAGUGGGGGCAAGGAGCAGGGAAGUUGGUCCAGCAACAGGGGCAAAGGUUCUCCGCUUCUUUUCUCGAAGAACUUAAAAUCUCCUACAAUGUGUUAUCCAUUGUUCAAAACAUACGUCAGGGAGAGACUAUUGCUGUGUGGCAGAACACAUACUUUGCAUGCCAAAGGUCCCAUGCUCAAUAGCAGUUAAAGGAGGAUCAGGUAGCAAGCGUUGUGAAAGACUCCUGCCUUAUGUACCCUGAAGAGCCGCUACUCAUCAAAGUGGAUGGUAAUAGACUCAAUGAGAACAGUGGUCUUGACUUGGUGUAAAACAGCUUUGUGUUCACUUGCACCUCACCAGCUGCUGUGGGAGAAGUGGCAGGCUGCGCACUCUGCACAGUCUUCAUGCGCACACAUUUGGACGCAUAUGUGUUUGAGAGAAGAUGCAUCUUCCCUACAAUGGUUGGGGGUGUGUGUGUAGCUGUGUUAAGUGAUGUGACUGAAUCAUUGAUCCUUAGGAGUAGCUCCAUCAAGUGGUUGCCCAUCCAUUUAGUGGAGCCAGUCGAGAUUCUCUCUAGAACAGGCAUAGGCAAACUCGGCCUUCCAGAUGUUUUUGGGACUACAACUCCCAUCAUCCCUAGCUAACAGGAACAGUGGUCAGGAAUGAUGGGAAUUGUAGUCCCAAAACAGCUGGGGGGCCGAGUUUGCCUAUGCCUGCUCUAGAAGUUGCCGGCAAAUGUUUCUUUUGCUCAUAUCUGUGAAGUGACCUUUUUUCUAACCUUAAGAGUGUAGAGAGCAUGUUGCGGAAGAUGCGAAACCUGAUUCGCUCAGCGACACUGCCGAUCUGGCUCUACCACCUGAAAUGCCCAUUCUAAUUGACUUAGAUGCCUUGAAGGACAUUCUUGGGCCACCAAUGUACGAACUGGAGGUAAUUAUUGACUAUUUUCUAUCUUUGCUCUUUUUUGUAGCUUGUAUAAAUUAGUUGGUGGUGGUGGUUUGUUUGCUUUCCCACCUUCAGAACAGCCAGGUUGGGAAGGGACUUCUGGGGAGAGUCCCAUGGGCCAGAUAGAAAGGCUGGGGUGGGGCCUGAAUUUGGGUCCCAGGCCUGCUGAUCUUCACCUUAUGUUAGUGGUACAAAAUCUAAGCUCUUCCAGAAGCUACUUGGUUACAUCCAGACUACAUCUGAAGCCUCUGAGCUCUGUUCAGGCGCAAGGGUAAAACCCCUCUUAUUACAUGCAGUAGCAGGUAGCUCCCACUGAACUGUAGGUCUUAUAAGGCCAGUGAAAAAAUUAGGACCUAGGGAUGGAAUGUCAAACCUCCAGUAGCUCUGUGUGCAACUUUGAACCAUUGGGGUGUUUUUCCUUGCGAUUUUGUCACCAGGAUCUGGCCACAUCCAGGGGCCAAGAUUACCGGAUGGCAGCUUCAUAAAAGAAGUGAGGCUUUGGCAUGCUUGAAGGGGUUUCUUUCUUCUUAAGCUGCUGUUGCCCUUCUCUCUGCAGCGAGGAGCGCUGAACUUCCGUCUCUGUGAAAAACAUUCCAGAUUGGUUCCGUUUGUUUUUCUUUGCUGCAGUCUGCAGUGGGGCCUCUCUCCCUCCCCACCCCACCCCCGGCUCAGAAAGCCUCACCUCUAACCUUCGCUCUGCCAUCAAUAACUAGCUGGAAAUCAAGACCCUGCAAAGGCCAGUCACAUGUCAGCGCUCAGCUCGAGGAGGCCCGGCAGAGAGAAAUUGAAAACCUCCCGUAAUUGAAUUGACUGGCCCUUCCGGAAGGGGAAGGCCCUUUUCAAAUGAAUAUAUAUAUUAGAGAGAAGUUAGGCCUAUAAUCUCAUAAGCGAGGGUGCUUUGGAAAGAAUCAAUUCAAUCAGCUGUUCCAAAGUCACAGAUCACUUUUAGAGUCAAAACCUCUUUUGGUGGAAUCAGAAUAUGGCACACCCCAGACGGAUACAUGUCACUCGCUGGAAUUUCGAAAUCCGAUCCUGGCAGAGUCUGAGUGUGUAUAUCUAAAGCACCCUUUUGCCUCUCUCAAGAGAGAUGGCUCAGUGCUGGCUGAGGAUGAUUAACUCAUGAUGGUUUCCUGAAAUGCGAAACCCCUUUGUGUGCCCAGGAACACCCUGUGGCCUGCCUCUUCUCACAUCUGUCUCUGCUGCUCCAUAGGGCUGCUGCUGCCCUGGUCCCAACUGCGAUGUUUUCUUUACAAUACUGUUGAUGCAUCCUGGGCUGCUUAAUGGCCACUGGAAAUAGCAGGUGUAUAGGACUGUUGACAACCUGGAAGCUGUAGGUUAGGGCAGGAGUUGGAAACCUGUGGUCCUCCAGAUGUUGCUGGAGCCCAACCCCCAUUCUUCCUAACCAUCAGCCAUGCUGGUUAGGGCUGAUGGGGGUCCCAACAGCAGCUGGGAAGCCACAGGCUUUACUCCUGACUUAGGGGGGUAAGGCUGACUCACCUAGCACUUUGUUUGAAAAAUGCUGCCUUAGGUUUACAACAAUGGACUCCUCUGAGCAUUCAGAGGCAGCUCAUCCCAUCAUUUGGAAGCUAAACUUCUCAUAUGUGUGGCAAAAAACGGGUUAAAAAUCAGGGUGGGGUGUUUGUCUGCAGCAUUAACACUAAACUUUUAAGAUAGAAUUAUCUGGGUGGAUAAGAAAGUCUUCACUUGGUGCUACAAGGACACAAGACUUGGCAAUAGGUGUGCCCUUCUGGGGAGAGAAUUUCACAGAGAAGUCCACAGUUGAGGUACCACCACUGAAAAGGCCCUUUGUCUCAGAAGUGUGUAGCGGGGAGCCUCUAAAUAUGGCUUCAAUAUUUGGGAGUAGGUUGCCCUUCGUAUAUCUACAUCCUAAACCAUAUGGGACUUAAAUGGUUUUAAGCCAGCACUUCAGAUUGUACUCGGAGACAAACUAUUAGGCAGUGAUGCUCUGUAAGUGAGAUGUGUUCUACUCAGCCAGCCUCAGUCAACAGUCUGGCAGUUGUACAACAGCUGCCUGGGCCAGUUGAAGUUCUGUGGGUGCAGACACUACCUGCCAGAGUUGGAACACUUCUGAAUCCCAUUGAGUUCUGUAGAACUCUCCCAUUAAUUCAGGGAGACGGAAAGGCACUUAGCUUUGGCUAGAUCAUGGCCCAUGUGAAGGUUUGAUAGAGCACUUUUUAAAAAGCAUCUUCCUUUAUAGCAGUUAAAGUUGAAGGUAUAAGAGCUGACCUUUCCUUACUUGGAGAAACUGAAGAACAGGGUAGAUCUCUGGGUUGCUGCAUAAAUGAAAAGUUCCAUCUGCCAACUUCAAAAAACUUUAACUCAUUUUUGCUGUUACAAAAAAACAGUACUCUAUUCUCUGCUCUAUGAAGUACCCAUUUUAAGCCCCCACCCACAUGCACCCUAGCCUUAGGAAACUUUCCUCAGAGUAUAUGUUUGCAGCUCCACCCUUUCAGAAAGCUGUUGUCAGUGGUGUUUCAGUCCUUAGCUUCCUUGGUCUGAUGCAGGGAAGAAAAAAUAUGUGUAGCCGGAAAAUAUUAAUGUGUGUAGUGAAAGGGUAACAUUUCACUUGAAGUUUUGCUUGCUUUGUUUGUUAAAAGCUAGGAUUCUGGAAAUGAUCCAUGCUGCAAAAGUGUUGACAUCUUUCCGCAGGGCCUGCAAGACGGAGCUGUUCCGCCUGGCCUUUGGUUUGGACUCAGUCUAACCCUUAUAUUUCCCUCCCCUUAUGGUUUUGAUUUAUGGGCUACUACUAAAAUGAGGCUGCAUUUUAAAUUGCAUUUUAACCCAUAUUUUAAUUAACUGUUUCCCCCCCUUCCUAUUACAUUUUAUUGUAAUUUUAUUGGUGUUAGCCACCCUGAGCCGGGUUUUGGCUGGGGAGGGUGGGGUAUAAAUAAAUUAUUAUUAUUAUUAUUAUUAUUAUUUUAUUUUAUUUUGCGCCCAGUAGAAGUCAAUAAGCAGAAGUCAUUUCUGAGAUUCCCUCCUGUAAUCCUCUCUUAGGAAUGUUCCUAGAAGCUUGUCCAGAACUAGGACCAUUUCUAAUAAUUAUCAAGGAUGCUCUAAUAGCAUGGGUAUACUGUCUCUGCUGGCUCCCCCUUUGUUUCUGGGCUCAGUUCAAGACGCUAUUCAACUCUAUGGCCCCAUCAACGCAGAGUUACUCAUGGCUCAAUUUUAUCCCUUAUGCUCAUGGGCGUAGCCAGGAUUUUUGUCAGGGGGGCUGACCUUUUGUUAGGGGGAGCAGAACCUCAGUUUGCUAUGUAUUUUUAUUGAUUGGGGAGGGCAGCUACACCCAUGAUUAUGCUAUUUAACAUCUACAUGAAACCACUUAUUAGGGUCAUUCGGAGAGACCCAUCUUGGCCUUUCUGCAGUACUGAAAUCAGAAGACCUAUUUUAAGCGGGAGCCUUAUUUUCAGCACCUAUCUGUCCUUUUCCAUAGAAAUACUGUUCUUCUUUCUUUCAGGUGUCCGAGCGGCUGAAUCAACCCGGUGUGGCAAUAGGUUUGGCUUGGACUCCUUUAGGAGGGGAGAUCAUGUUUGUAGAAGCCAGCCGCAUGGAUGGGGAAGGCCAACUGACUCUGACUGGGCAGCUGGGCGAUGUCAUGAAGGAGUCGGCACAUCUUGCCAUCAGCUGGCUGCGCAGCAACGCAAAGAAAUACCUACUGACAAAUGGUAUGUGAGAAGGCAUGAAUGGAAAGAUCUGGCGCAUGCUUCAUGCAUGCAUAGAAUAGGUUUUGAACAUGUCUGGCUUUUGCUGCCUGCCUCGGACUAUAGAAGUGGAGGCCAUCAAGCCUCUGGAAGACACCAUACAUUUUUGGUGGAAGGCAUUUUUAGCUUGGGGCAAGUUGCAAAAGGAGACUGUUGCAUAGUGGAGGAGCAAGUGCUUUGCAUGGAAAAAGUCCCAGGUUUGGGCCUCAGCACAGCCUAUGUAAAUUAGCCGCCAAACAAUACUAGCCUGCUCAGUUUUUUACUAGCCUACUUUUUACCCAUAAGAAGAACUGGCAGAGAACAAACAGAGCAGUCUGUCCCAACUUUACCAACCCUUUACCAUUUAAAAUCAGGCUUAUGAUUAGCAGGCUAGAAACGCAGUAGGUUGGCUAAGAAAGGUGCUGACAUGUCUCCAUUUUAUUAUAUUAAAUAUCUUUAUGCCACCACUUUGGUUAACCCAAAGAGCCUUAUAGCAACCCAAUGUAAAACAGAAGCUUUUCUUUAUAAAUUUCUCUUUUGGGCAAGGGUUUGAUCUUUAAGAGUGCUUGGAAUUGAAUUAGUACUGUAUAUUUUGACACUGCUGUCUGGUUAAAUUAGUCUGGGAAUUCUUUCUUCUUGCUGCAGUAAUUGCUUUGAUUGUAUUUUUUUAACUCCCGUUCUCAGGACAUACAUAAACUGAAAAGCAGAUAGAAAUGUUUCCAAAUAAACAAAGAAUUUGUAAAUGGCCUCAGCUGGAAAUUCCAUAUUUAAGAACAGCGCAGCUAUUAAAAACAACAGAGUAUUGGCUUUGAGGGACUUGCCUCCGUGUGAAUGAUCUGCACCUUGGUUUCUUAAGGUUGCUUUUACAAAAGGCUAAGAAUGCUGUUUUCCCUCUAGCUGCUUUUUAAAGAUGUGCUUUAAGUCUCAGCCCCUCAUCUGUAAUAUGGAGAUAAUACUAGGCACAUGAAAACAUUGAAAGCUGCCUUAUAGUGAGUCAGACCUUUUGGUCCACCUUGCUCAGUCCUGCCUACUCUGACUGGCGUCUCUCCAGGGAUUCAGGCAAGGGGCAGAUGCCAGAGAUUGAAUGCAUGCGAAACCACAUGCUCUACUCGUGAGUUACAGUCCAGAUCCACUUUACAGAUCCCAAAGGUGGUGUGUGUUUUCAAAGUAUUGCUUUGAAAACUCAGGACACUUCCUAGCUUCCAAUGGUGACUUUGUCUUAGGCUUAGCAGAAAGCAUCUCCACCUGGGCAGCUGAUUUUCAUCACUGGGGCCCUGCCUAGUGCAGCCUUCUGUGCCAUAGCUCAUACUAUUUCAGUGUCCCCCAACCUCAGCAACAAGGAAUUUUGAGGGGAGGGGUGUCUAGGCAGGUAGGUAUGAUUGGCAAAAAUUGGGUGUCCCACCUUAUGCAAGCCCCAGUAGAUAACAGUCCUAACUAAUUUUCUCAUUCACUUGAAGAUUUAUCCAAGUGAAUUUACUAUUGACUGACUACUUCGAACAGCAUACAUUUUUGCCUGAUCAAAACCAGCAAUUCUGAAAGAAACCAGUGCUUUUAUUGCCUGCACCCCGUAUCAUCACCUAAGAAGCAUUUCUCCUCUCACAUGUGCAGAAGGGAAUGCCUCUGCUGAGAUGGCCCUUAUUCAGUUACAGUUCUUAUAAACACUUAAAAAAAAUUAAAAGUAACUUUUUUAAAAAAAUAAUCUGCUGCCCAGUUAAGUGGGGGGCACCAUUUUUAAUCCAAUCAAUUCAUUUUAGUACCACGGAAAGUGUUCGUACUGCUGUUAAACCGGUUUAUCUGGGAAAGUGUUUCCAGAUUCAAAGUGUAGCAGAGUAUAUUGACACAGGUGUUUUCUUCCUUAAUCCUUCUGUCUCCCCCUCCUCCUUCCCCUCCUCCACCACCCGGCACAGAUCUCCUUUCAAAUGCUCUGCUGCCAAGUGGAACAAGCGUCUGGAAUGCAAGUCCUCCAGUGAUGUGGUUUGUUUAUUUGUUUGUUUGCUUUUCCCCAAAGAACAAAAGACCAGAAGCACCGCAGGUUUGAAUUUUCCACACUGAACAUCCCCCCUCCCCAAUUCUCUUUCUUAAAGCUUCUGGAAGUUUUGAUCUCCUUGACAACACAGACAUCCAUCUGCACUUCCCAGCUGGAGCUGUCACAAAAGAUGGACCAUCUGCUGGUGUUACCAUAGUAACCUGCCUUGCCUCCUUGUUCAGUGGGCGGCUUGUGCGUUCAGAUGUAGCCAUGACUGGAGAAAUUACACUAAGAGGCCUUGUUCUUCCAGUAAGUAUUCUCUGCAGAUAACGAUAUUGUUGAGGCUUUCUAUCUCUCUGUCUCAUCCCCUGCCCCACCCCCUGCAAAACAAAAAAACCCAACACACCGCACAUUCCAAUACUAGUUCUAAUUCUUUAAUCUAGUCACGCUACUGAAGGUUGUCUGGCAAAGUUAGCACAGUUCUACAAAACAAACAGUUAGCACAUACUUUAUUUUUCAAAUCUGCUCUACAUUAGUGAUCUGCCACAGGCGACAUUUGCAAGACAACAGAGAAGAUAAUAGUAAUUUAUUCCAGUGGGUGGGGCUAAUAUUGUCAGAUAUUGCCUAAUUGAAAACUGUGGCCACAUCAUCACUUUGUUCUCUGGGGAGCUGUUGAAGAAGGAAUUCUUUUACCAGAUUCAGCCAGUUUUACUUCCUUCCCACUUCUGUCUUCAUGACAGCUAGGAAUACCCCUAGAUCAGACAUGUUCAACCGGUCAACCAUGAUCUACAGGUAGAUCCUGGUAGAUCGUGGUUGAUCGCGGGACCCUUAUUGAUCUCAGGAUUAAAAUAAUGUUUCCAACCCCCUCCCCCCUCUGUUCCUCUGUCACGUAAAGUGUUUGCGCGUUUGGCGUUUGUUGCUGUCGAUCGUGGAUACGAUUAUUGUCUUAAUCAGUGUGUGCAUUUGUUUUCUUAUGGGUUUUUUUGGUGAGCGAUGUAUGGCAUUUCCCCCAAAAAAGCUCAACAACUCUGGCUCCUCCUCCUUCUAAUGUCAAUGGGUAGAUCACUGCCAGUUUUUUUAUAAUAGGAGUAGAUCGCAGUCCCUUGGGAGUUGGAUGUGCCUGCCCUAGAUGUUUGGCUAAACACCACUUCCAAGAACUGGAAGUGUUGCUCACUGGGGCAAUAUGGUUUGAGCAUAUGAUGCCAAUCCUGGCCUGACUGCAGUGGCUGACGGUUAGUUUCCGGGUCCAAUUCAAAGUGCUGGUUUUGACCUAUUAAGCCUUAAAUGGCUCAGGACCACAAUACCUCAAGGACUGCCUUUCCUCAUAUGAACUGACCUUCAGCCCCUCUUCAUGUGCUUCCUCCACGAGGUGCCGGGGGUAGGAAUAUGAGAGAAGGCCUUUUCUGUGGUGGCUCCCCACUUGUGGAAUGCUCUCCCCAGGGAGACUCACCUGGCACCUUUGUUACAUAUACUUAGGUGCCAGGCAAGAUUAAACAAUCUAUGUAACUGUAAACCACUCUGUGAUCCUCAGAUGGAAGGGUGGUAUAGAAAUUUUAAUCAUCAUCUUCCUUUUAAAAAGGCACUACUUGUGCAGGGAUUUCAUUAUACUUGCCCAAAAUCAUCUAUCAUAGGUUUGCUACAAAAAUAAAAAUACAAAACUGACUCAUGCCUCAGCUAGCCCAGGCCAUUGUGAUCUGAAGUGCUUUCUGGAAUGUGCAUAGUGUUGGUUGAAAACACUCCCUCUUCCAUAUGACAUCGCAAGGCACCAUUCAGCCUGCAAAGAGCAAGUUUGCACUGGACCAGAAACUGACUAAUCUCCGGAAUUAGUCCUUUGCCAGUUUCAACCCUUAUUCCAAUCGAGACCUUUUCAGGAUUGGUCAUUGGGCUAAAACUGAUGAUGGGGCUUUUCUGCUCCUUUCCCUCCCUUGAGGCUGGUUUCAGGUCUUGUGCAAAUCCAGUAUUUGUAGUCUUAAGUGUUCUCAUUUCUCAGGCUGGGGCCAGAAUGGGUCGCUGAACCAAUAUGGCUAACUUGCUCUCAUCCCCAAUACACACAAGAAACAAAAACCAGAAUCUGCAUAGCUGUUACACUUGCUUUGUUCUGUGUAGAUCGGCAAACAAGUGAUUCAGGUUAAAGGCAGUCCUGUUGGUUAAUGAUCCCAGGGAAUGACCUGAAGGCUCACACACAUCACAAAGCAAGCCUUCUGCAGCAAAGUAGCUUCAGCUCUGUUCAGUUCCUAGGUGAGAGACCAUCUAGGAAACUCAUGUAUGUUGUCUUUAAUGAUGGAAAAAGGUGGAAUAUAAAUUUGAUUAAAUAACACAUAGUUCAGGGUUACAUGUGUUUGUGUGAGUCCCACCCCUCUUUCAAAUCUGCACGUGGCAAACCCAAAUUAUGUAUAUGUUUAAUAAAUUUUAUGUUUGACAAGCAUUCACAUAAUUUGGAUUCUUUAAGGAAGGAAUGAAGGGAACAAAUGGACAUGGAGACAAGAGAGGAGUUGGCAAGAAAAAACUGGAGUAUGAUGCAGUGGUCUGUGAAAACAUUAACAAGUUGAGAAAAUUAUUUGCACAUAGCAUAGUAAUAACACAAUGCCUUAUUUCUGCCAGUAGCAUCCUCCUUAAACUCUCUUUGCUCUCCCCAUUUCAUUCUGUGUAUUUAAACAGGUUGGAGGAAUUAAGGACAAAGUUCUAGCAGCACACCGAGCUGGACUAAAGCGAAUUAUCAUUCCUCAAAGAAAUGAAAAGGAUCUUGAGGAGAUUGCCGCCAACGUACGGCAGGAUCUGAAUUUUGUGAUGACAAGCUGCCUGGAUGAAGUUCUUAAUGCUGCUUUUGAUGGGGGAUUUUCAGCCAAGACAAAACUUGAUCACUUCAACAGUAAACUCUAAGCAGAUUGACUUGGGCUCACUCAAGGAACAAAAUGCAAAGCUGAUGUUCAUCUGGCAGGAUGCAAAAAAAAAUAUGUGAGAGUGCUUAAAAGUGGCCAACACUGGAAUGAGAUUAGGAUGUGUGAAAGGGCUCUUCUUCAUUUGGUGGUACAAACUUGCUGCCCAUUCUUACUGGUCUUUAUGUGCAUUAGUGGACAGGAGUCCAGAGAGAUAGAUUUGAAUGCUAAGCUCUUAAUUGUUAAUCCCCUGUGCAAUUAAGGGGUAGACUGAUACAGCAGCAGAAUAUCCAAUCACAUGAGCCUUCAUGAAAUCUGCCUGUUAAUUUAUUGAAACCUGCUUUCUUCCACCCCCACCCGCCAAGAGCUUGAUGCAAAUGUUGAGAUUUUACCUUGCUUUAAUAUCAAAGCUGUAGUUAAACUGUCACUGAUGCCAAGCUACAGUAUUGUUCACUUCGGGUUUUUAAGCUGAAUGGGUAUGCAAAUGAAUUAGUUCUGGUCUUGCACAUGGGAUUGUCCUGAGGUCUCAUUCUUACAAUAGACUAGGGACUUGCAGUUUUGAAUCAUAGGAGAGUCUCUGAAACUAGAAGAGUCUAAUUUAGAACAGUCUAGGAAGUGUUGCAACAGAGGUGGCGAAUUGUGUCUUCACCAUUGGCCUUGCUGGCUGGGAGAAGUCCUACAACAUUUGGGGUCCAAAGGCUCCCCCACUCCUGCUUUAGAGAGUAACUGCAUCAAAUUUAGUCUGCUGCCCCGCUGCUCCUUUGACUGCUUUAAAUUAAUGAAGUGAUUCAUUUGAAAUGGUAGAGGAAGAAGCAAAGCAUUUCUAGACAAUAUAUGGCCUGGCUGAUUUGUUAAUAGUGCUGUUAAAAUAGUGUUUAAUAUCAGAAACUUAACUUUGAUUAUUAUAAAAGACUUUAUUGCCUUGAAAAGUUGUAAUGAGAUCAGACACAAAAUAAAGAGCUGAUGGUACACAAGAGCCAACUUUCCUUUCAGGCUGAAGGUUCUCCUAGCACUGAUAACACUUUCUACAUGGAAUGAGAAAGAGCCACAUCUGCAGUGGUUAUGGUUAGGGAAACAAGUAUAUGAAAGAGAGAGGAGAUCAUUCUGGUAAAAAAAGGGGAAAAUAAUUAUCUAUUGAUUGCCUGAAGUAUCUCAAGAUGCCAGCUUGGCUCACAGGGGCAUUUCUGAACAGAGGCUUGUUAGUGACAUAACAGCUGUGAGAGAUGCGACAUACAGAAGAGAAUGAGGUCUCCCAGACUGAGCAGUAGCAACUGUUCCCCCUGAGCAGCCCUCCAGCUGUUGGACUCUAACUCCCAUCAGCCAGCCCCAGCCAGCAUGCCCAAUGGCUAAGGAUAAUGGGAGCUGUUGUCCCAAAAUAUAUUGUGGAUGGUCAUCAUAGGGUGUUUUCAGAGCACAUUCAUUCAUUUCCACAAAGGAGUCCAUUUGCGUUCGAUACAAAAUGGGUUGUUUACACAACCCAGUUACCUAAAUAAUGCUCAUUGGUUAUUGCAGGGAUGAGGAACUUGUGGCCUUCUGGACGCUACUGUACUCUUAACUCCCAUUAUCCCUGACCUUGCUGGCUGGAGUUAAUGGGAGGUGGAGUCCUACACCAUCCACAGGAACACACGUUCCCCACCCCCUGGGUUAUUUGAAGCUCUUGCUUGUCUAAAAACCUUGUUUCACAGAGGCCACACACAAUGACUUCCGUUUAAAUUACAUUUUAAAUAACUUUUUAAAGGUUAUAUAGCCUUACGUUUCGCACAGACACGUUUUCAGCAUUCUGUUUCACAUAAAAGAAGUUCUAGUAAACGUCCAUCCAUGUAGCAUGGCAUGAAUAAAGCACAGUGCUUAAAUGUCAUACGAUACUAUGCAAGGCAGCACUAGCCCUGGCCUUGUUCCAUGGAAUGUAGCUUGGGCAUGUGAGCGAGAGAUGCAUCCUUCACAGGGCUUAAUAUAUGGCUGCAAUUUUGGCUUUUAAGAACUCCAUGUGCAACACACUACUUGACUAGUGUACAAAAUCAUACCAUAGGGACGGAAGGGGGUCUUUCUUACCACACCCAGUGCUCAAAGGACAUGGGGUUCUGCAACCCACCGCAGGCUACAGGCACUUUGAUUUGAUUGAUAGAUGUGAACACACGAGCAGCACUACUUUAUUGUACAAAUUUGUGGGUACAAUUAGUAUUUAUGGGAAUUUUGUUUUACAAACACACAAGGCUACAGGCAGGCACUUCAGAUACGCACUAUGGUGUUGGAUCACUUUCCACUGCAUUUUAUUUAUUGCUCUUUCAGCUGUUCCUGCCCCUCCCCCAUCUUCUCCCACAUCAAGCAGGGCAAAUCUAUUCUGGUCAUGAAUAGCUCAGGGCUUCUGAAGUCACAACCUCAUCACACCCAGAGGUAUUUGAUCAAUGCAAGAUUGCAAGCGAUACUGGUAGGGUCAGCUUGCUUAAACCAUUUUUGACACACCCACUAUUUUGACACUCUUGGAAAUAUGCUCCCUGCCGCAAACUGUAUAUGUUUAAAUGGGCCAGCUGCAAUUCCUUUUGUUCACUCUCAAAAUAAGCUUUCAUCAUAAUUGCCCCACACAAGCCCAGCUUUUGGUUCAUAUAUUCAGUACUGCUCUUUAAAAACGUUUUCAAAGCCAUUGGGAAAUUUUUAUUAUCUUAGGGCUGCACAGUGCUGUGCACUUACUUAGAAGCAAGUCUCACAGAAUGCAAUGAGGCUUGCUUCUGCAGGCAAACAUAGGAUUGCAGGUUUAUCAUGACAUCAACUGAAAACAAUCUAGUCAAGUACAGCAACCCUCACCCUAGGACAACUGAGUCCUGCAAAAGAACAAUAGAUGUUUUAGAACUCCUAGUAAAUAUUUUACUUUUGAGUGUCAACCUACAUAUAGAGGUGAUCCAGUCAACACUGUGUACAUAGGGUUGUAUCCAGUUCAAGAGUGGACCCAAUAAAAUAAAUGGGCGUAAGUUAGGUAUAUCAAUUACUUUCAAUGGAUCUGCUCUAAGUAGGAAAAACACUGGAAACAACUCUUACUUUGAAAAAACCCUUCACCAAAAAUACUUGAGUAAGCUUCGUAGUUAUGGGAUAAGAGGACCUCCUAAUGGAGAGUGAGAUAGUGGAGUCCCCUUUGUUUCAGUAUUGCAACCUGUGCUUUUCAACAUGUUCAUUUAUAGAUGUGUUUGAUAAAAGUUUUUAUAAACCACCAACUAAAAAAAAUAUAUAUUGUGGUGUAUAACAACAACAACAACAACAAUUUGUUAAUUUGUUAAUUUAUUAUUUGUACCGCAUCUAUCUGACUGGGCUGCCCCAACGACUCUGGGCGGCUGAUUAAAAUCAUUUAAAAAAUCAUAAAACACAAAACAAAUGGCCAACCCUGAAUCAAAGUAAUUCUCUACAAAACACUUGGCAACAAAACAUUGUAAUUGCCGGUUUAAUCUCCAUGGGAACAGUUAUCCAAAGUACUAGCGCCAUGAUGCUAAAAGCUUUAGUUCUCAUACACACUAAACAAAAAUGAGGAUGGCAUUUGAUUAUUGUAGUGAUAAGAGACAAGGCAAGCCGUGAUAUUCUACCUCCUCUGUCAGCAGCAAUCAGAAAACCAGUUUCUGAAAAUCGCAAGAGGAGAGAGUGCUGUUGCACUCAGGCCCUGCUUGCAGGCGCCCCACAGCCAUCUGGUGAUCAUUGUUAGAACAGGAUGCUGGACUAGAUGGGCCUUUUGGACCAAGUCAGUGGGGCUCUUCUUAUGCAGUGUAUCCUCACCUUCUAACAGAUUCUUAAAAACCUAGAAAGUCAUGUGAGGAUACUGUAAGCUGUUCUUGCCCUAUUUUUCUUUCCCAGCUGACACUCAACAUACUGACUGCUGACCAUGCUCCAUUAUCAUCAGACUAAAUUUGUAUUGGGCCACUGCAGAAAAGGCCCUCACUAGAACUUUUUAGACAAGUCUUAUUUAAAAGGGAGAAAGCAGGGCAUCCAAUUAGGGCACCAGGCAUCAAAUGCAUAUAGAUGAAGGCCCUCCUCUUCCUAAAUAUAUUUUCUCCAGACAGAGAACUGAAACCCUAAGGGGAGGACACACACACACACACACAUCAUUCCUGGAGUUUCCUUUCUCUUGGCUCCCGUUAACCAGCUUAUUUUUAUCGUUCUUGAACCCUGCUCAAUUUGUAUUUGUCAGUGGGAGAUUCUUCCUUGGCUCAGAAGCGGAGAGAUUCCUCAGCUAAUCUUUUCCCUCCUCUGCUCCUGUAGAGCAAGCUUUGUGGGAAAUUUUGCCCUCCGACCCUCACUGCUAAGGAAUGCAACCCUUUGUCUUCCUGCUAGCCAGUCUGGAGACACUUGAUGAGAAAAUCCUGCAGGCAUCCCUUGCCUCUCCUGGAAUGGGAAGUUACCCCGCCUGAAGUUAUAGGAAGCCACUGGCCAAGGCAGGAAAUGUUAAUGGAGAACUGGGAGGGAGAACUGAUUGAACUUCCCUUUUGAAAAAGCUCUGUAAGUUCCCCUUCCAACACAUCACUGAGUCAUGAUUCAAAGCAAGCUGCUGGGGAUUGCUAUGAAACCACCCUUUCCAUCUACUCCAAAUCCAGGGCAUGAAAAAAUUAUCUUGAACCAGAAGGGAAGUAUUCCUUAGUGCAGCAACUCUAACUCCCAAACUAUGGUCCAUGAGCCACAUUCAGGUGGUCCAUGGUAUAGCCACAUUCGAUAUCGUGUUUAAUUAUACUUUUGUUGCUUCUUUUAUUGUAAUCCUAAAUGCACUUCAUUGUAUUAUAAUCUGAAUUCUACGAUUCAAACUGUAAUACAGUGGUACCUUGGUUUACAACCAUAAUCCAUUCUGGAGGUCCAUUUGUAAACCAAAACAGGUUGUAACCCAAGGCACACUUUCGCCAAUGGGGCCUCAAAAAAAAAGAAGGAAAAAAAAAAAAGGGUUGUAAUCCAAAAAAAGGUUUCAAACCGGGACAUGCACUUCCGGGUUUGACGUCUGUAAUCCAAAACUUAUGCAAACCAAGGUACCACUGUGCAGUAUAAUACAAUGUAAGAAAUAAAAGCAGCAAUAAAAAUAGAUGAAGAAUGGUACAGCAUCUAGCACAGCACAUUCCAAAUGCAGCUGAAAUAUCAGAGCUAUAGUUAAAUUGUCACUGAUGUCAAGCUACAGUCUUAUACUUGAGUAAGCUUCGUAGAAAGCAAAAUGGAAUUUCAGUAAAGGAAGGUUGCAGCAGGGAUCAACACUUCACCACCCCACCCCCCAAAAAAAUCGAACCAAAAGUUCAUAGGGAGACAUCUCCAACCAGAGAGGCAGCUUCAAGAUACUUUUCCAAAAUGGAAGAAUGAAUACACAUCUCCUGUCCCACUGGUUAUUGAAUAUGUGGUCAUAAUUCUGUUUCAGCAGGAUUUGAUGCCAUAAUACUGUUUCCACCCUAUUCUUCCAAAGGCAUGUGCAGACAGCCACUGUAGGGGGCUCAAGAAUGAAAAGCAACCAAAUAAACACUUCCUUUUUAAUACAGCCAGGCUGCAUCAUUGUCUGUCUUGAAAUUGGUAUUUCACAAAGGGGUAAACAUGCAUAAUGCUUUCCCUCCAAUUAUUGCAUGUAUACAUGAACUGAAAGCAGCCAAGGAUGGGCCUAGGGACUGCCCUCAACACUGUGACACAGAAUAAAAUUGAUGCUCUGGAAAAACCCACUUUUUUCAUUCUCUCGUUACAUGUCAUAGCAACAUAGACUCCUACAAAGCCCCACACCCAUAUGCUAAUAUUUCAUUUCCAUAGUCCAUUUCUGAAUUUAACCCAGCAAGUAUAACAGGAGUCUCCAGUAACAAGAGAGAUUCAAACCGGUCUAACUUGCACAUCAAAAGCCAGGAUGUUAAGUGUAUUGUAUGAACAAAGGAUCUGAAAUUUGUUUACCUCUUUUGUUCUCUCACAUCUCUGACUUUCUAAGCACGAAGGUUUCAGCCCUAAACACACCAUUACUAGGAAGUAGUUCUUACUGAAAACAGUUGGUUUUACUUACAGGUGAAGAUGUGUAGAAGAGGGCUGCACACAUUUUUUAAACUGUUACAUAGGCAGUCUAUUUUCUCCGUUAAAAAGGGCACACGAGGACAACCUGGAUCUGACUGCAGUGCAUUCAGCUUUUUUUUUUUUAAGGCAGUAACAACAUUGCCUCCUCAAAACCAUUUUUAUAAACCUGGAAAAGUAGUCUGCCUCUGAUGCUGCAGCAAUGGCUCUCACUUCAAGCUGCAUGAGAGUGAGAAGCCACAGGGCAACAAGAACAAAUCAGCAGCUACUUUCUGUUUCAUUAAACAAACGUGUGGCAUUCAUCUUGGACCAUUUAAAAAGAUUUUUAAAAAUAAAAAAUGUCUGUGCAUGUCAACUAGAAUUACUCCCCAAUUGAUCUGGAUUUUCUAUUUUUUUCAGAAAAGAAAAAUCCACCUGAGAGCUGCUGGUGAUCAGGGUAUACACUAGCAGCUUAGACAGACUCUGGGCAGCUUCAUUAUGACUUGGCACAUAGUUUGAAGGCACAUAGUGCAACUGAUUUGCUGAUGCUAAGCAAGUUUAGAUCUGGGCAGGGUCUGAAAAGCUUCCAUGUUCAUUGCUUUGAGUUCCAUCCCAGAGGACAGGGGAGAUAUACAUAUUAAAAAUACAUGUCACCUUAUUUAUACUGCCAAGUGGGUCUGCAAACAUUCCCAGAACACCAGAUAAUUCAGGUAACUGAAAGAAAACACCUUUGCAGUUAGUAGUGCAGCAGUUCAACACCUAAAUCCUAUAUGGCUUGGAUCCAUGUUACCUGAAAGAUUAUUAUCUCUCUAUUUGAACCUGCCCUGGUGCUAAGAUCUGUGGGUAAGCAUCUUCUUUUGGUCCCAUCAAAGUUGGUGGUGACAGGAGAGCCAAGCCUUUUCCUAUAUUGUGGGAUUCCCUCCCAAAAGGGGUUAGACCAGAUCUCUGUUAGUAGGUUAAGAACUUCCUAUUUAGACAGAGCUUUAAAAACCAGGUGCAGUUUAUGUUCACUACUGGGCUGCUUGUUAUCAGGGCAAUCAGUAUGUUAAUACUGGCUCUAAGUGUGUUUUACCGUAUUUUAACUAUUGUUUUUAACUAGAUUGUUUUUAUUACUCCACAUUUUUAAAUGUUUUUAAAAUUGUUGUAAGCCGCCUUGAAUCCCAACUUGGGAGAAAGGUGGAAUAGAAAUACUUUAAAUAAACAAACAAAUCCAGCAUAAUUGGCUGCAGUAUGCACAAUGCUCCAAGGUGCUCUCCAAGUUUAUUUGCAAUGUCACAGAGAACAGCAGGGCACAGAUUCUCAGAAAACAUACAGCUGCCAAGAUGCAUGCCAUCCAAAUUGCAUGCCAUUUCACUCAUGCCCUGAAAUGCAUCACUGUCCAAAAGCAAGGUUAUCUUAAAAUAUCUGCAUAAUUCUUACUCAGUUUCAAUGCCCUUCCUUAAAUAUAAGGGGGAAAGAGGGGCAAACAUUAAGAACUAAGCUUCAGAGUUAAAUGACCCUCCCCAAACAAAAAAAAUCAGAAAAAAGUAUUUAUGCAAAUACAUUGAUUGCUUAUGUGUACAUUACACCUUAAAGUGAGCAAAGCCCUGCUGGAUCAAGACAACGCCCCAACUAGUCCAGUACUUUGUUCUCACGGCAGCCAACCAGAUGCCUGUGGAAAGCCCACAAGCAGGACCAAAAUGCAAGUGCUUUACCCAUUUGAAAUUCCCAGCAACUAGAAUUCAGAGACAUACUGCCUCCACCAUCGGAGACAGAACCAAGCAAUAGUGACUAGUAUUUUUAACAAAACAAAUUCCUUCCAUCCAGUAGCACCUUGGAGACCAACUAAGUUUGUUAUUGGUAUGAGCUUUUGUGUGCAUGCACACUUCAGGUACACUGAAACAGAAGUCACCAAACCCUGAUAUAUAGUGAGAUGGUGGGGAGGGGCAUUACUCAGAAGGAUGGUGGGAAUGGGUGAUUGGCUGAUAGGUGUGGUAAACCUGUUGACAACUGCAACUGGUCUUACAGGAAAAAGCAAGGGGUGAGAUGGCUAAAAAUAGCUUUAUCGUGUAUAAUGAGAUAAGAAUCCAAUGUCUCUAUUCAGACCAGGUCUCUCCAUGGUUUUAAGCUUGGUAAUAAGUUGCAAUUCAGCAACUUCUCUUUCCAGUCUAUUUCUGAAAUUCUUUUGUAGUAAGACAGCUACUUUGAGAUCUUGUGUAGAAUGUCCUGGGAGACUGAAGUGUUCUCCUACUGGUUUCAGUCUGGCUCUGAUGAUCUGUUGUUUAACUUCAUCAGGUGGGUAUUUUAGUUCUAAAAAGGUUUGCUGUAGAUCUCUUAGGUGAAUGUCUCUGUCUGUAGAGUUGGAACAGAUGCGGCUGUAACGUAGGGCCAAUGGAUUGUUUGGUAUGUUUGGUAUGGUAGCUAGAAGCAUGUAGAUAUGUUUGUCGGUCAGUUGGUUUACGGUAUAAGGUGGUAUCUAUACGCCCAUCCUGUAUUUUUAUAGUAGUGUCCAAAAAUGUAUUUCUUGCAUAGAUUGGUUCAUUGUUAGGUUGAUGGUGGGGUGAAAGUCAUUGAAUGUCUGGUGGAAGGUGUCCAGGGUCUGUUGACCAUGUGUCCAGAUAAUAAAAAUCAUCAACGUAUCGCAGGUACAAGAGAGGUUUGAGUGGGUAGGAGUUUAGGAAACAUUGUUCUAAAUCUGCCAUGAAGAUGUUGGCAUACUGUGGGGCCAUGUGGGUGCCCAUUGCUGUGCUGUGCUGCUGAUCUGGAGGAACAGGUCAUCACCAAAUUUGAAGUUGUUGUGGGUAAGGACAAAUGGCAGAGUUUGGUAGCAAAGUCUGCUGUGAUUUUAUUUGAAAUGGUGUUCCUUAUAGCUUGUAAACCAUCGCUGUGUGGGAUGUUGGUAUACAGAGAUUCCACAUCCAUAGUGGCUAGUAUAGUAUUGUUAGGAAGAUUAUUCAAAGAUUGUAUUUUCCUCAGAAAAUCUGUGGUGCCACAUAUGUAGCUGGGAGCACUGAUGGCAUAUGGUUUCAAAACAGAGUCCAUAUAACCGGUAACACCCACAGUAAUAGUGCCAAUACCUGAGAUGAUGGGGCAUCCUGGAUUUCCUGGUUUGAGUAUUUUAGGUAGAAGACAGUAUUUUUAAGCAAGCUUAAUAAGCAACAGGCUGAAUGGCACUUACCUUAAUGCAGCUGCUCAUUUCAUACCUGCUUUGAAGUCAAAACUAAUUAGUAGCACAGUCAAUAUCCUGUUAAAGCAAACUGCAAUCUAUUGAAUUCUAGAUUACAACUAAAUAUUUACAUAUAACAUAGCAGUUGGGGGGGGGGGGAAUGGGCAGGAUCAGCCAUAUUUAAGUACUUUGAUAACCAAGGAAUUGCAUGGGGGAGAGUGACUGGGCUGAUUACCAGGACAGAGUGCUUCAUUCUUCCUCUACACAAAGUAUAGAAAUCAUUGGGCUGCCAGAGAAAGGAAAUCCCAGUGCCACCUCACCUAGCACAGAAAGCUCUACAGCCGUCCUCUGCUAGCCUGUGACAGACUAGUAACUCUCCUGAGCUUAGUUACAAGACUGAUUCAGCCACAGCAGACCUGGAGAAGUACCCCUCAUACAGUGUAUUCAAACCCUCUCUCCUCCCAGUUCCCUAGCUGCAUUGUGCUGAAGCAUGCCUUGUGGGUCUUGGUGAAAUGAGGUUCUUUUUGUGCCUCACAUCUGCAUCCAGCAGCCUUCUGCUUCCUAGACCCCCUUCCCACCACAGUGCUAUUCCAGCUGUUGAAAAGAUAGAAUAUUUCCCAUUCUUGCAUUGAUUCCUGCCUGCUCCUUCUAUUAAAGGAAUCCUUAUAGAUUACUUUUAAUCUUUCACAAGCACUUCCCUCAGGAUAACUUUUAAGACAUGCAGAGUGUUCAUCUGUGUAAUCCGUACAAAAAUUAAGAGAGCCUUGGCACAGAUCCCAUUGGCAAAACAAAAGUAAACACAAAAGAAAUAUCACAUUGGUUGACAUUUCUGGAAAGUAGAUGCAGCAUUAAGCCCUGCAUGUUGAAUCCCAGAAAUCCCAACCAUUAAUGUUUCAGAAAAAAGGUCAGGUCAAAGAAUGGCUGCUACUACCACCACCACCACUACCACUGGGAACUCCUCUAGGAGCUAGGAACACUAUCAGUGUUCCCCUUGUGCAAGAACAGGCAGCAUAUCCUUGGACAAAGGAACAAGGAAUUCUGAGCAAUGUUGCAUUCAAGUGAGCUUCUAUUCCGUUAAGGCAAAAAAUUCACUUAAAAGAGUUUUCAGUUUGCCAGGAAUUCUUUUAAUGACAGAAUUUAAAAAAGACCAAAAACAGCUUAUUUCAACUGCCUCAUUUAAACAAAUGGUCUGUAAUUUAUAGUUACAAAUACUGUAUAGACAAUGCCUUCUUGUACUGCACAACCAAUAAAUACAAGAAUGACUUCAAAAUGUCUAAAGGUCUCUAAAGUCAUUUGAAAAUGUGCCUGACCUUCCACUUUUUUAAAUUAGAACAUUCUCAAACAAAUCUGCAGUUAUGCUUGAACUCAAAAUACAAUGGCAUCUACAAUUUAAAAGAAGCCGUUUUAGGAAUCAGUUCAAUGUUGCCCCUUUUUAGACACUGUUAUGUUCACAAAAAUAGCUGAAUGAACAACAGUAUCAUUGAAUGAACUACUGGAAAGAGACUAAGGACUUCAAUCCUUUGCAGAGUUACUCAGGUUUAAGUUCCAUAUAGGUCCACAGGACUUAUCUGUACUAUAUAACCAGUGGCAGGAUUGCACCCCCCUAAAAAUGAUACCAAACAUACAGAAGUAUACACUUUACCAUAAGUAAUUAUAAGUAUCAGAAAAUGGACACCUGUAAUUAAUCUCAAAGGGUCAAAAAAAGGAAAAAGGAAAAACCUGAAUUACAUAAAAGAAAAAAAUCAUUUAUUUAAUGAAAAACUAGAAGUUAAUAAAAAUUAGCAAAUACACAGAAAAUUUACACAAGAACAGCAGCAAUACUAUGUAGUGACUUACGCAGUGGGAGGGGAGGAAGAAUAGGGGGAAGUAGCGGCCAGAGACUGGACCGCCUUGCAUGGCUUGUCAGUCAAAGGAAAAGAAUACAAAUUAAACACAAAACAGUAUCUGUUCCAAACGUACAAUCAAUCUACAAACAAGUUUAGAAUUAUUUUACAACACAUUUCAUUCAAUCAGUUCUUAAUACAAAAAGAUGCCCAUUUUGGGUAGAAUAUAUAUAUAUAUACACAUACACGCAUAUAUAUAUAUUUUCAGUGGUUUACUGCUGACUUAUUUUAAAUAUAUUAGUGUUAUUACAUGCAACUGUUUCCUGUACUUUAACAGCCUUCCUAUUAAUUUACCUUCAUAUAUGCUAACCUCUCCCUACCAAAUUGUUCACAUCUGGCAGUCAAAGAUGUUUACCUUUGUUCUAUGAAACUGAAUGCUGUGGGUUGUUUUUAGACACUGGCCUGAAAACGUCAGAUCGCGGUUUCAACACAUCGAAAUCGUCACAUUAAUGCCUAAAUUGCCGUUCUCUGCAAAAAGCUGUGCAAUGCUGGUGUCAAAGACUAGACAGUCACUGUUCAUGAUGGCAGUUGCAAUCCCUUCGUGAAUUGAUCGAGGAGUUGCUUCCCAAGUCAAUCGUCGCCUAUGACCAUUUAGCUCAAGUCGAUAAGCAAAAUUUUCAGCUUGUUUCCGUGUUCCUAUCAGCUGUACAAUUGCAAAGAACUGCUGGUGACCAUCGUAUUUCUCCUGUUUCUCCAAUACAAGCAUGAAGUGAAAGCCAAAACAAGACUGCAUCAUAACCCAGUCAACGGCACCAGGAAGAUUAAUGUCUGUAGCAAGGAAAACUAUAUCUUCUCCCUGUAGUGUCGUUAUUGACUUAUGUUGGUGCAUGAGAUGAGGCAUGACAGCAUCUAGAGAGCCUUGCCACUUACAAGAAGCACCAGGACAUGGGCACGAAUAAGGCCUGAAUUCACAAAGCUCUUCGUGGUCUGCUUUUUCAGUGUGGGGCAAAGUGAUUUCGCAGCCAGAGGAGGCAUAUUUACAAGGAAACAGUACAGAGUUGGCAACCUUUUCCAUAGCCAAGUUACGAAUUGAACCCAGUGGGCCUCGGCAGGUCGGACAGCAUGUGAGCUUGGGACGACAGUUGCUACAAACAAGAUGGCCACUUUGGCACUGCAGAAUAGGUGGCAGUACAUAGUCAAAACAGACAGGACACUCAAAGAGACUAGCCAAGUCAUUGUUGGAAGCGGUGGUGCCAGUCAAUGCAGGCACCCUCUGUGAUGGUGUGCACUUGGAGGUACCCGUGGGAAGCGCUGUAGCAGUUUGACGACUCAUUUCUGUAAGAAAGCAAAACAAAAUGAGCACAUUUGUAAAGCCCCCUCUUUCAAAAGAAAACAAUCAAGCCUAUUUUUUUGGGGGGGGGGGGAGAAUCUGACACAUUUACUAAAUGUAAAAAUGGUCUAAUCCAGGGUUUCCCAAACUUAGUUCUCCAGCGGUUUCUGGACUACAGGCCAUCAUCCCUGACUACUGGUCCUGUUAGCUAGGGAUGAUGGAAGUUGUAGUCCAACAGCUGCUGGAGAUCCAAGUUUAGGAAAGCUUGGUCUAAUCCAACAGGGCUUGUAGGUCCAUCCAGUCCAGCAUUUAUUUCUCACAGCUUCCAGAAGGGUAACAAGCACAGCAUGAAGACAGCAACCCAUCCUAUAUGCCAACUUCCCCAGAAACUUGGUAUUUACAGCGAUACUGCCUCUGAUUAUAGAAGCUCCACUUAGCUAGACCAAUUCUCCAUUAAAUUUUCCAAUCCUUUUUCAAAGCCAUCUAAGAGAAUGGAUGUUGGGGAGGUUUUGCUAAGACUUUCAGGUAUAGGGCAGUAUAUAAAUUCAAUUAAUAAUAAUAAUAAUAAUACCAACACAUGUUACUUGAAUUGCAAUCAAUAUAUAAUAUAUUGGAAUAUGUAUUUUAACCACAUUUAUUAAUAAUUUGUAACUAAAGAAAUGGAUGAGAUAGUUGUAAAGGAAUACUGCUUAAUUAGAGCACCUAAUAAGGUGGUUUAGGGUAAAUGAAUUUUAAUCUAUUUUUUAACAGCCAUCUAAGCCAUGGUCAACACCACAUCUUGUGGUUGGGAAUGCCAUACAUUAAUUUGUUGUGUGAAAAGUGUUUUCCUUUGUCUCCCCUGAAAUUAAUUUCACCAGGGGACCCAAUAAAUGCUAAAUACUACCACAUUUCACAAUGUCUGAAAACAGAACCUGAUGUGAUCUGCAUUAAAACAUAAAAGCCACCAUCAAGUUCAUGCUCAUGUCUGCGUCUAGGUCUCAGUGGAAGCAGUGGAAGUUAAGUGUGUUUAACUGUGUCUGGGCUACAGCCAAAGUACCAAUGAAGUUUAAACAGGGUAUUAAAAAGUCUUAUAUAGCAACUAGUCAUAUGGCGUUAAGAAGUAGUACAGACUUUCAGGUGCUGGUUUUGUAUGGAGUAACACAGUCUGUUUGAGUAAGUAGUAUCUCAGAGUUAAAAUGCUCCUGAAACUCAAAUGCCAAGAGAGCUUCUCUACAUGUAGGAUACAUCAAACCUGCGAUUGUAGCCACACCCUGAACAAUGUAUAAAAACACAGGACUGCAGUCACAAUCCUUCUGUUGUAACAACUGCAAGCAAAACCUGUAAGUGACCAGUAAGCUGGUUUGUUUUACUGCAUAUAUUUACCCCACAAAGAAAAAUCCCUGAGGCAUGCAACAGUGGGCAACUGCUAAUGAUCUCAGAGAUGAGGUGAUUCUUUCCACCAUCUCAAAAAUCAGACUAAUUAGUGUCUACUUAAAAACAUAACAGCUUCUCUAGUUAAGUUUUGUGCUAUUCAGGAAACCUUAUCCUUGAUACAUUCAAAGUUCUUACUCAAUGUACUCUGGGCAGCAAUUAGCAAUUUUGCUUAGCCAUUUGCAGCACAGAAAUCUCUACCUCACUUAAAGACAAGCAGUAACGUUACAAGGAAAAAGAAUGACAAAAUUCCUGGUGUAUGUAUCGACACAUACUUUGCAUAUAGUGUUGUUUUAAAGAUAGGAGAGCAACAUCUUUUUUUAAAAAAAAUAAGCAGACUAAAAUAGAAACGUUUUGUACUAUUCACACUUCAAGCAUGGUAAUAGCUUACAAUUGGUUUUUCACAUUAGUCAAAAUAUUUUCACAAAGUCUCUAACCAUCUGGCUACAUUUUUUGUGUGUGGUUGCAAUGCUAUUACAUACCUUAGAGACUAUAGCUAACCUUAAUAGCCUGCUAAAAGGUUCACUGGGAACUGAGCAGCUUAUGGUGCAUUUUUAGUGAACAUAGAACUGCAAGUAUUUAAAUCAAUUAAUGGUAUGGAUCAAGCAAUUAAAAUAUUUUGAAUAAAAAUAUGCCACCAAUUAAUUGAUAGGCAGAUUCUUUCAAGAAUCUAAUCACACUUUGUAGGGAGUAAUUCCCAUUAACACAGUGGGCCUUACUUCCGUGUACACAUGCAUAUAGGCACACUGAGCUAAUUAUUUUUGCUUACAAAAACAUCAUAUUGGAACAGACAUUUCUUCUAUCUCAGACAGUAAGGAAUGUCUCUUUCCAUAUGCUGCCCCCUGUGACACAUGUACGCAUCUAAAAACAAAAGACCAUUUCCUUCAGAAUAAUUUAUUUGUACACAGGUGUAACCAACAGAUUACAAUUUAUGACCAAACCAUUUUAAACCUUUAAAUCACCUGACAGCCCACACAUGUAGAUAAUCCAAUGUGGGAAGAGUCAAAUGUUCAUUUCGGCAUCCCCAUCUUCCCAUCUUGUAAGCCUUGCAAGGUAAUUACCACUACACAUAUGCUUAGAAGCUGAGCACCAGAACAGGCAAGCUCAGCUAUCUCACACAUUUCAAUACACCACUGAACAAUUCACAUUCAACUCUGAAUGAACAUUUAAACAUAAGCACAUUGCUUCAGUUUUUACCAAAUUAAUCUGCAAUGCAAUAAAUAUAUCCACUGACAAAUACCAGGUUGUCCCAACUAUCUUACAGGCCCAAUCAGAGCCUUCAGUUAUCUAUGGAACUCAUUCCUGGAAAACCAGAGAAAUCAACUAGUUUUCCUAUGGGCCAACUCUCACAACAUUUUAAUAUGAGUAAAAUUACAAUAUCCAACAAGGACCCAGAACCUGCUAAUACUGACAGACUGUUCCCAGAUUGCAUGGGUGGGGCUUGGCCUGAUCUGGGUAGGGAUACACUCUCAGUGAAGGAGGCAUGUAGCUCAUGGGUAUUUCUGGCUCCAGUAACGUAGCUUGAGGUACAAGUGGCCUCAGUGGUGCAAACUAUCUACGCCCCUCUCUGGCCAGAUAGACUAACUUGUUUUGCAUACACUUUGGUAACUUCUAGGUUAGAUUAGUGCAUGAGUCAGCAAAACUAAGGCCUGGAGGCCGGAUCCGGCCCAACUGUCUUCUGGAUCUGGCCCAUGGACGGUCCUGGAAUUGCCACGUGGAUCGGCGUGGGGAUUCUGAUUGUUCAGGCUGCGCCAUUCCCUCCCCUCACACACACCAUGGAGGCACCUCCUCCCUCCCUCCUCCUAGCUUCUCCCCCCCUCCCUAGAGGAGAAAGGGGGCUGGGUUUUGUUGAGCCAUGGUUGGCUGAACAUCAUUUUACGCAGCCCCUCUCCGGAGCCAGCCCUUUCGCGGCACUCAUUGUCCUGCCACCAGCCCCUGCCGCUUGCAAGGCAUAGGUAAGCAGCCACUGGGGCUCAUCCAGUGCUGUAGAGAAGGGAGGGGAGAGUCAGUGGAGAGGAGCUUCCCAAAAUAUAGUCCGGCCCCCCACAAGGUCUGAGGGACAGUGGACCGACUCCCUGCAGAAAAAAAUUGCUGACCCCUGGAUUAGUGUAAUGUGUUGUGUGGUUGAGUUCCCUCGAAAAUGAUUUGGAAACCACAGCUAGGCAAAAUUCAGCUGCCAAAUUGCAGGACAGUUUGAGCAUAACAUCAAUUUUGGCACAACUGCACUGGUGGCCAAGUUUAACUCUGGUUUUGACCUAUAAAGCCUUAGGCAGUGCAGUACCCCAAUACCUCAAUGACCACCUCUAUACACACGAACUCACCUGGACCCCGCAUUCCAUCACCUUUCACUAUGUGUCCCUCUAAAGGAGAUGCAGAGUGAAGAUACAAAGAAUGGGCCUUUUCAGUGGAGACUCUGCACUUGUAAAAUGCUCUCCCCAGGGGGUUAUGCCUGGAACUAUCACAUUGUUUUUAUUUGCCCAGGCUUCUGACUCUUAAAUUGGAAGGUGGUUGUUGUUUUUAGCCUACUUUUGUGCUCAUCCUUUUAGUGGGGUAGGUUGGAUAUGUCCUUUUUAUAUAUUUUUAUGAAUGAACAUUUUAGGUUCUUGUUUUAGUCUUAUUCUUCUGUUUGGUUUUAAUGUUUGUUCUUGUACUGCAAGCUGCGUUGCAAAAAGUGACAAGUAUAAUCAUAAUAUAUAUAAUCAUAUAUAAUUAUAUAAAUAUAUAAUCAUAAUACUAUUUUAUGUACAGUUUACUUUUUCUUUUUUUCCAUGGUUGAUUGUUUUAUGUAUUCAUUGUUGCAACGUAUCCUGGGAUUUAGGACAAAAUGUAUGAUAUUUUGCUUGAAAUUAUUUGAUACAUAAAAUCAAUCAACAAGACAGGAGCCUAUAAUAUUAACAUGGACAACUCAUUUUUAAUUUUUUUAAAACCCACAACCUCAAAAAAUAAUCAAAAUUUACCCUAUGCCAGUUCAGAAUGUUGCAUCUGGGUGGUCCCUCACAAGAGAACACCAAAAACACCUGUAGUUUAUACUGAAUAUAUUAGUACAAAAGGUUUACGAGUUUUUGCUUACAGUUACUCAGAAUGUCUCAUCUCUCCUUUUUGGCAGGGUUUGCUAGAAGAGAAGCGGCCUUGUUCUGUGAACACUGAAGUCAACACCAUAAUGCUCCGACUACUAGGCAAGAUCUAACUGAAACUGCUGGUUUUACCAAGUGUACUGUGCAAACUUUACCUCCAAUUUAAGUUAAUAUGAGAAUUUGUUUUGACUUGUUAUAUGUUUCAUAAGACAUCUGUAAACCCCAAACAAAACUCUAAUCGUAUGAAUUUUGUCACAAAAAAAAUAAAAGCCUGAAAGAUUC